AUGUCUGGAAUUAAGUCUUCGGCCGAAGCGGCUGAGGCUGGAGGUAGCAUCAAUGCCUCUGUCAACUUCUCCAAGAGCUACAAUGGAACUGCAGACCAGUUCCCCAUCGCUAUCUGUGGAGUUGGUAUGCGACUCUCAGGUGGUAUCCGCAGUACCGAGGAGUUUUGGAAUUUAUUGGCCGGUGACCUGGAUGCCCGCGGUUCUGCACCUGGAGCCCAGAGUAAAGGGUGUGAUAUGCGUGGCAGUCGAUUAAGUGAAGGUCACGACUCCGUUGAUGCAUUCUCCUUCACGACUGCUGAGGGACCAGCCAAUUUUGGACCAUAUGAGCAGAAACUCCUCGAACUUACGCGUGAAUGCCUAGAAGAUGCAUGCGAGGUCAGUUAUCGCGGAAAGGCUGCGGCUGUAGCUUGCUAUCUGGCAAUGCCUAGUAAUGAAGAACCUGUGUCGAAAGGAGUCGGACACACCUCUAUUGCGGACCAUGUGUCUCAACAAUAUGGCCUUCAAGGACCAAGCGUAAUGAUUGAAAAUGCGGAUCCUUCCGCAUCACUGAUGGCACUUCAUGAAGCGUGUAACACCAUGAAGAAUGGCGAUGCCAAAGCGGCUCUCGUGGCGGGCAUCAACUUGAUGACCGCCGCGGAGAUCGAUGCGGAUGCUUCUGACAGAGAAGCGGUUGUGGCAGUGUUUCUUAAGCCACUGAAUGAUGCGGUACGCGAUGGAAACCCAAUCCAAGCCGUCAUAUGUGCUACCAACGCAUACGACGGCCGUGAGUUUCGAGAAUCGGCGAGUUCUGGAGCGAAUGUCUAUGCAGACAUGAUACGCGAGGCCUAUGAUGCCGCUGGGUUGGAUCCACGUGAUACAGCAGUGAUCGAGUGCUACGAUGCCGGUUUUGCUGGAAACCAGAUCGAGCUCUCGGCCCUUGAACGUGUUUUUGAAGGGAGCGAUACCUCUCUUUGCUCCUCUCGCCAUGCCAUCGGCGACUUGAAAAGUGCUUCGGGCCUUAUCAGCUUGAUCAAGGCCAUGAUUUCCAUAAAGCAUCAAACAAUUCUGCCUUCUAUGCCAGAUGCAUCAAACGGCCAAUUUCCAAGCCAGAAGUUCAGUGCGUUUGCAAAACCUCGCGAAUUUCCAUCUGGUCGAGCUGAGAGAGUCAGCAUCAACUAUCUUGGAACUGCGGGCAUUGGAGCCCACGUUAUCGUUGAAUCGUAUCGAAACAACGAUUCUUCAACGAACGAGAAUCGCUCUCGCCCAGACCUUGUCCUCUUUUCAGCAGGCAACGCGACUUCUCUCAAUCAGCAGAUACAGCUUCACCAUGAUUACGCCAAGGCACACCCGCAACUCGUCUCUGAUGUUGCCUAUACUCGUGCUUUACGCCGAGAGGCAUUCAAUCACCGCGCCUUUUCUCUUCUCGGAGUCGAUGGAGAAUGCCUGAGUACUGCGAACCACGCAAAAUGCCCGGCUGAGCCUCCUUCCAUCACGAUGGUAUUCAGUGGCCAGGGAGCGCAGUGGGCAGGCAUGGGCAAAGAACUUUUCCAGCUCGAUGGAUUUCGAAAUGACAUUAAAAGCAUGGACGACAUCUUGCGUCAACUGAAGAAUCCGCCUUCUUGGACGAUUGAAGAGGAAAUCCAACGAUCAUCCACCGACCCUCUAUGUCGAAUUAAUUCCGUGGAAACAGCUUGUACGCUGUCUACCGCUUUGCAGAUUGCACUUUUUCAUCAAUUCGAGCGUAUGGGGGCUACGCCAGAGGCUGUCAUUGGUCAUUCGAGCGGCGAGAUUGUAGCAGCCUACGCCUCGGGUUUUCUUACUCUGAAGGGCGCAAUUGUUACGGCAUAUUACUAUGGCCAUGCCGCUGCGAUGAGCACAUUCGAUGGAACCAUGGCGGUGACAGGUCUGAGCGCUGAAGAUACCAAAGAGUUCUUGCGUGAAGGCGCCGUUGUGGCCUGUGAAAACAGCCCCAUGAGCACAACAAUCUCUGGCGACCGCGAUGUGAUAGAGGAGGUCAUGGCUUUGAUCAAAAUGUCUAGGCCGCAAGUAACCACGCGAAAGUUACAUGUCGGCACAGCUUUUCACUCGCACCAUAUGGAUUCAAUCUCUUCUAAACUUCUGAGGCUACUAGAAGCUGAGGGAAUUGCCUCGCCAGAGCAGCGAACGAGAAAGGCCAUUUUUGUGUCGAGCGUCCACAACAGCAUUCUCAAUGCUGCCGAAGACUUCAGCCCCAAGUAUUGGGCCAACAAUUUGAUCUCACCUGUUCGCUUCUCUUCCGCGGUUUCGUCUCUGCUUAGGACUACCUCUCAGCACAGCUUAUUCCUGGAGAUUGGACCGCACUCAACUCUCUCUGGGCCACUUUCACAGAUAUGCUCUACCAUCUCUGUACCUUGCAACUAUAUCUCAUCCCAGUUUAGAGAGAAAGAUUGUGUGGCAAGCUUCCUAUCGGCGAUUGGUCGACUUUGGCAGAACUCCGUGGUGUUGAAACUAGGUCCAUUGUUCACUGGAAAAGCAAUAUCUGGACUGCCUCAAUACCCAUGGAAUUACAGCAGUUAUGACGAUAGUGGUCUCUUGGAUACCGAAGAAGUGCCAUUAUCGGUAACAGAUAGACGGGCGCACAUCAUCACAAGAGCUGCAUUGAUGACGACUUCGAGCCUCCCAGCUGAAGAAACUCCAAAGACUGAGCUGGAGUUAAUCCUGCGAGCUCUUUGGGCAGAUGUACUCCGUAAUGUGCUUCAGAUCCGUAUCCAAGAUAUCGGCAGGCGGCACAAUUUCUUCCUCCUUGGUGGCGAUUCUCUAACGAUGACUGAGCUCGCCACAACUGCUUAUCGACAUGGGAUCCGUCUGUCCCCGAUAGACAUUAUGGAGAACCCUGGGCUGGCACAGAUGGCCGCUGUUGCUACUAUCGAUGAGACUGAGCAAUUGGGAUAUGCUAAGCCAUUCAGUUUGAUUCCACAAAGCAGCAUAGAUGGUAUCAAAACCGAAAUGCAGAAGCAGUGCAACCUCGGUGUCGGAACAAUUGAGGAUAUUUACCCUUGCACGACACUUCAAGAGGGAUUUAUGGCGCUUGGACUUAGGCAACCUGGAUCUUACAUUCAUCGGCAGGUUUACAAGCUAAUGCCGCAUGUUGACAUUGAUCAUUUUAUGGCCUCUUGGGACGCGGUCAUCAGGCACUGCGGCAGUCUACGGUCAAGGAUAGCCUUGGUUAACUCCGAAGCAUGGCAGGCUGUCAUUACAACUGAUACUACAUGGGAGGCUCCUGUUUCGAAUACGGACGUGAAUACAUAUUUGAACGAGACUCGAAGCGUUCCUAUGAGUUAUGGGGAUCGUCUCAGUCGAAACACGCUGUUACACCAGGAGAACGGAGACACAUAUUUCAUCUGGAUUGUCCACCAUGCUGUUUUUGAUGGUCUGAGUAUGAAAAUUGUACUUGAUGCUUUACAAAGAUCCUAUCUCAGCGCGAACUCCAGCAUAGAGGCCUUACCACCAUAUUCGAACUUCAUUCGGUACAUUGGGUCGCUCGAUUUCGACUCCUCUCGCGAGUACUGGAGGAGAGAAUUAGAGGGUUCACAGCGAUCCCAAUUCCCUACCGCUUCUAUAACUGCGAAAUCUCAAGAUUGUGUUAUGAAGAAAUCCAUACCAUUCCAGAACCCAAAAGCAGCAAUAACCACGGCAACUAUUCUUCGCGCCACCUGGGCUCUUCUUCUUGCUCAGUAUUGUGGCAAUGACGAUGUAUGCUUCGGUAUGACCUUGUCUGGCCGACAAGCUCCUGUACCCGGCUUAAACGAAAUUCCAGGGCCUAUGAUUGCUACUGUACCUGUUCGAGUCCAGAUUGAUCGGGAAAUGCCAGUUUCCGAAUUUCUACAGCAUAUUCAGUCACAUGCGUCUAAAAUGGUUGCUCAUGAACAGUUUGGACUGCAAAAUAUCUCUAAGCUUGGGCAAAGUGCUGGGGAGGCUUGUGAUUUUGCCAAUUUGCUUGUUAUCCAACCAAUGCAGCAUCUCUCUUCAGCAGCUUACUCCUCGUCGGACUCGAUUCUUCAACAAGGCAUAGAAGAAAAGGCGAUAUCAGAGGAAGCCAUGAGGAACUAUUUCAAUUAUCCGUUAGUUCUUCAAACUCGCGUUGGAGAUGAUGCGAUCGAACUGGAGUUCACUUACUAUAACGAUGUUUUAACCGAGGGCCAGUUGGAGGCUUUAUGUUACCAUUUUGAGCAUAUUACUCAACAGCUCCUUGAACAAGAUGAUGUUCCUUUAAAGUCUAUAACAGUAUCCGGCCCCUGGGAUCUGCAGCGCGCUAUAGAAUGCAAUAGCGAAGAGCCAGAUAUUAUUUCAUCGUGCUUACAUCAAGUCAUUGAAGACCACGCUCUGGAGCGACCGGACGCGAUGGCCGUUCAUGCAUCCGAUUUGACGUUGACCUAUAGCCAGCUUAAUCUUGCUGCUGAUAGACUAUCCAGCUAUCUUAUUGAUAAUUGUGCGCUUCAGGCACGCGAUCUUGUUCAUGUCUGUUUCGAAAAAUCCGCUUGGUUCUUCGUAUCCAUCUUGGCGAUCAAUAAGGCUGGGGCUGCUUGGGUUCCUCUCGACCCCUCUCACCCCCUGCAGCGCCAUAAGAAGGUUGUAAUGCAGACAAAGGCAAAGCUUGCGUUAGCCUCGCCUAACAACACCCCUCUUUGUGCUGAUUUAGUCGACAAUGUCGUUGAAGUUUCUGCUACUCUUGACGAGAUGCUGAUAACCCGAAAACAAGGUAGCAAGAGUCCACGCUCAGUAUCCCCAAGUGACGCUUGUUACGUUCUUUUCACUUCUGGAAGCACUGGAACUCCUAAAGGUUUCGUUAUGCAGCACAGGGCUCUUUGCACCAGUCAAACUGCUGCCAUUAAACGGCUCAGAAUGACGUCGGGUAUCAGAGUUCUACAAUUUGCAUCAUAUGUCUUUGAUAUGUCAAUUGGAGAGACUGUUGGCCCCUGGAUUGCUGGCGCUUGUAUAUGUGUGCCAUCUGAAGAAGUUAGAAUGAACGGACUUGCUGAGUAUAUACGCGUGAUGAAGAUCAAUUGGGUAUAUUCUACUCCUUCAUUCUCUCGCACUUUAAACCCGGAUGAAAUCCCUGGGGUGGAGCUAUUGCUUCUUGCUGGCGAGGCUGUGAGUCGCGAUAUAUUGGAGACUUGGGUUGGAAAAGUUCGUCUCAUCAACGGAUGGGGCCCUGCCGAGACCUGUGUCUUUAGUACACUGCACGAAUUCGAAUCUCUAGAUGACUCUCCUUUGACAAUUGGCAGACCUGUCGGUGGUUUCUGUUGGCUUGUUGAUCCUGAGAAUCCACAUCACCUGGCACCCUUUGGAACCAUCGGUGAGGUGGUUAUCCAAGGACCAACGUUGCUCAGAGAAUAUCUAGCAGAUCCUGCCAAAACCGAAUCUACAACAGUUAAGCCUUUGCCGAAUUGGGCACCCAACCGCAAUUCACACCACUGGGACCGAUUCUAUAAAUCUGGCGACCUAUGUAAAUAUAACUCAGACGGAACGAUUGCAUUUAUUACAAGAAAGGACACUCAAAUCAAAAUCCGAGGUCUUCGAGUCGAAUUAGGUGAAGUGGAGCACCAGAUCAAGGCAUAUCUUGAUGGAGUUCAUCAUGUGAUGGUGGAUAAAAUUGACACAGAGGCUGGCUCGAGUCUGGCUGCCUUCUUUUGCUUCAGUACCGAGACAAGAGUGGUAACUACAGCCGACACCGCUGCAGAUGGAGACACUGCAAUGUUCCUCCCGAUCACAAGCCGGUUGAAGAGCCAAAUUGCUGGCAUGAUUGGACAUCUGUCUGUGAACCUUCCAAGAUACAUGAUACCGUCAUUAUUUGUCCCCUGCAGAUAUAUGCCAUCGAUUACUUCGACCAAGUUGGAUAGGCGUACUUUGAAGCAACAUAUCGAAAUGCUGGAUUCUGAGAGCCUGUCCACUUAUUCACUUGUUGACACUGUCAAAAAUCCACCAGAGACAGCAAUGGAGAGUAAGCUACAAGCCAUUUGGGCAAAGAGGCUGAACAUGCCACUGGAGUCUAUUGGAAGAGAUGAUAGCUUCUUGCAAAUCGGCGGUGACUCCAUCACUGUAAUACACUUUGUGGCUGAUGCUCGCCAAGCCGGAAUCUCACUCACUGUCAAAGACGUCUUCGACGACCCAAGGCUAUGGAAAGUAGCUGCUGUCGCCGACAAGAUGAACGGAGAUUCCAAGAUUUGCAGCGUUGCACCUUUCGAACUAUUUAAACAACAUCACACCGACUUAACUAUGAGAGAGGAACUGCUCAAGCAAUGCGAUUUGGCUAGCUGGGAUCUUGUAGAAGAUGCAUUUCCCUGUACUAAGCUACAAGAAGGAUUGAUGGCGCUCACUGCGAAACAACCAGGAGCGUAUGUCGCGAAAAUGAUAUUCAAGCUUGCUAAAAGUGCCAAUAUCGACCAUUUUAAGGCUUCUUGGGAUCGUACAGUCGCUCUCUGCAGUAAUUUGCGUACGAGGAUUGUUCAGCUCAAUAGCGCAUCGUCUCUCCAAGUUAUUGUCAAAGAGCCUGCGCGGUGGGAAUCGACUGAUAAUCAGAAUAUGGAUGAUUUCCUAAGAUGUGCGAGUGACAUCCACAUGUCCCAUGGAUCACCUCUAUCCCGUUUCGCACUCGUCAAUGAUGACAAUGGCGAUCACUAUUUUGUCUUUAUUUCGCAUCACUCCGUGUUCGAUGGAUGGUCUCUAGCUCUUGUGGUCAAGACUUUCCACUCGAUAUACCAUAAUAUCGAGGCACCGAUGCUGGGCACAUACUCUAACUUCGUACAGUACACGCUUCAACUUGACUUGUAUAGUUCGGAAAAGUUCUGGAAGACGCAAUUAGCUGGAGCAAGGCGAGCUGUGUUUCCUUUACCGAGAGAUGAUAUUAUCAACACCAAAUCCGAAAGGAACAUAAGUAUCUGCGCAAGGGAAAUUAAAACCCCAAAGUCAACCAAUGGGGCAAUUACCACAGCAACGUAUCUUCGAGCCGCUUGGGCGAUUCUUCUGGCACGAUACUGUAGUACAGAUGAUGUUUGCUUUGGUGCCUCGGUUUCUGGUCGAAAUGCUCCACUUGCAGGUGUAGAGAAUGUCCUUGGCCUGGUUGUUGCUACACUUCCUAUAAGAAUUCGGUUGAACCCAGACAAACUAUUAUCAGAAUUUCUUAGCGAUGUUCAGAGGCAGUCAACGGAAAUGGUGAUGCACGAGCAAUUUGGGCUACAGAACAUAGCUAAACUUGGCUCAGAUGCGAAAGACGCCUGUAACUUUACCAGUCUCAUGAUCGUUCAGCCGAAAGAAAUAACCAGUGGGUUUGACGGGGAUGACGCAAUCAUUGUUUCCACAAGAACAGAGCAACGGCUUGCAUGGAGGUCAAUGGAGGACUAUUUCAACUAUCCUCUCAAUCUGCAAUGCCACCUGGGUGAUAAUACUGUCGAACUAGAGUUCGUCUAUAAUGCGGACGUUAUAUCUGAAUCGCAGGUUCUGGCAUUAACUCAUCAGCUUGACCACAUCACCCGGCAGCUCGUAUCUCUGGGCAAAGAGAAGUUGCUUCGUGAUGUGGCUAUAGCAGGGCCUUGGGAUCUACAGCAGAGCAGGGAUUGGAAUGCCCACGAAGUCGUGAUCGAAGAACGUUGUAUGCAUGAUAUCAUAUCCAAACGGGCACAGUCGUGUCCCGGUGAUGAAGCUUUGUACUCGUCGGAAGGGUCACUUAACUAUGCUGCCCUGGAGCAUCUUUCUGACCUCGUCGCAUAUCAACUUGUGCAACACGACGUCCAGCCGGAAACAGUGGUGCCGUUUUGUAUGGAGAAAUCUAUAUGGGCCGUCGUCGCCAUGAUCGGUAUUUUAAAAGCUGGUGGUGCGUUUAUGCCACUUGAUCCUUCGCAUCCGGAGUCACGACGAUUGGCCUUGAUUCAGGAGGUCAAUGCCAAGGUGAUAAUUACUUCACCAUCUACAACCUCAUCGUGUGAAGGAAUGGCUCAGCACAUCGUCCAGAUUUCCUCCUCCCUGUUGACAGAUGCUCCUAAAACCACAAAAGCCUAUCAUGAACUAAGCAAUUACAAGAAGCCCGAGCCUCACAAUGCGGCCUACGUCCUCUAUACUUCUGGCUCUACAGGAAAACCUAAAGGUCUGAUCAUGUCGCACUCUGCUGCUUGCACUUCCCUAUUGCGUCACCCUGAGAAGUUCAGCAUUGACAAGUCUACCCGAACAUUCCAAUUUGCAACCUACGUAUUUGACGUGUGCAUUUUGGAGAUAUUCGUUUCACUCUUUGUCGGAGCUACCGUUUGUGUUCCCACAGAAACCGAGAGAGUGGGCAACACAUCGCGAUUCAUGACAGAAGCCCGGGUCACCUGGACAUGUUUGACGCCUUCAUUCAUUGGAACGAUCGACCCUGAUACUAUUCCAACUCUACAGACCCUCUGCAUUGGUGGAGAGGCUCCCACAAGAGAUAUCUUGAGCAAAUGGCACGGACGAGCUGUGCUUAUCAAUGCCUAUGGUCCUGCGGAAGCUUGUGUAGAUGUUGCCGGGCAUGUAUUCAAGUCACAGGACGAUUCGCCUACAAAUAUUGGACGUCCGUUUGCUCACAGACUUUGGAUCGUGGAUCCGGACAAUCACAAUCGCCUCGCCCCGAUUGGAUGCAUCGGCGAAUUGGUUAUAGAGGGUCAUGCAAUUGCACGUGGCUACAUCAACAACGAGGAAAAGACAAAAGCGUCCUUUGUCGAUGACUUAGAAUGGCUACCCAGUGUUACAUCUAGCAGUAGACCUAGAGUCUAUAAGAGCGGCGACCUUGCAAGAUUCAACCCCGAUGGAACAAUCGAGUUCUUUGGACGGCAAGAUACUCAAGUCAAGAUACGUGGUCAGCGUCUGGAACUCGGCGAGAUUGAGUACAAUAUCAAGGCCAAACUUGCAGAUGUGCAGCAUACUGUAGUAGACCUCAUCGAGCGUGAAGCUGGCAAGAUGAUCAUUGCUUUUAUCACGUUCAAGAGCCACUUGUGUGACACUACGGCAGAUGUUACCGACCCUUACGGCAACUUUAUUAAAGAUGAACAACUCGUUUCUUCUUUCCAAGAUCUUAUGCUUGAACUACGACGUGUGUUACCAGGCUAUAUGAUCCCAAGUAUCAUCUUCCCUCUCCGGGAACUUCCCUAUACAGCCUCAAAUAAGAUCGACAGAAGGAUGCUUCGUGAACUUGCGACAAACAUGCCCCGCGAAGUGUUGUCAGAAUUUUCGAUAGCUGCCCAAGAUAAGGUAUCACCAACCACUGAAAUGGAGUUGAAACUUCAAAGUCUGUGGGCUCGGGUCUUGUAUAUCAACGCUGCAGAAAUAUCUAAGUUUGACAGCUUUUUGGAAAUUGGCGGCGAUUCAAUUUCCGCAAUUUACCUGUCGAAUCUUGCUGCAAAAGAGAAUAUACAACUUGCCAUCGCAGACAUUUUCAAAGACUUUCAGCUGGCCUCGAUGGCUACCUCGAUGGUUAUUGGACACGAAACGACUACCGAUGUCCAACCCUUUGGUAUGAUCGAGGAGACACGGCGGAAAUCUCUAACUAGUGCCAUUCGCCGACAAUGUCAGCUUUCAAGAGAACAAAAUCUUGAAGAUUUAUAUCCUUGUACACCGCUACAGGAAGGCCUUAUGGCUUUGACUGCCACACGGCCUGGUUCUUAUAUCGCCAAGCGGGUGUACAAGCUGAUGGAGAACAUUGACCUGGGUCGUUUCAAACAAUCUUGGGAACAAACUGUUAGGGCCUGCAGCAACUUGAGAACAAGGAUUGUGCUGGACGGAGAUGUGCCGCUACAAGCUGUGGUGUCCCAUGCUACGUGCUGGGACGAGACUGAUGCACAAACCCUCAACGAUUACAUGAAUGAGAUUGAGAACAUCGAUAUGACGUAUGGAUCUCGCCUUUCGCGGCAUUCGAUAAUUAGCACUCCCAAUGGACCAACGUACUUUGUUUGGGUUGCGCAUCAUGCAAUCUUUGACGCAUGGACUAUGCAGAUCAACAUUGACGUCCUUCAGCGUUCUUACGCCCAAGAUUCUCUCCCGACUCUUCGCCCAUUCGCAAACUUUGUCCAAUACGUCUCACAAUUGGACCAGGAAGCGGCUAUGAAUUACUGGACUGAGGAGCUAGAAGGUGCCCAAAGGGCUUCAUUCCCACCACCAAAGCUGGCAACUGAAUCAGACACGUCAGCGGCUCAAGGAAUCCAAAUUAUGAAGAGAAACUUUACGAUUCCAACCCAAAUUAACUCAUCUAUAACGAAGGCUACUGUACUUCGGGGCGCCUGGGCACUCGUCCUCAGUCUGCACUGUGAGACUGACGAUAUCUGCUUUGGUACAACUAUGUCAGGUCGACAGGCGCCAGUUCAAGACUUGAUGGAUAUGGCUGGCCCUACGAUCACCACAGUCCCUGUGAGAAUCCGCCUUGAUCGUACGCAGCGCGUUUCUGAGUUCCUGCAAAAUCUCCAGACCCAAGCCAGUGAGAUGGUGGCUUAUGAACAGUUCGGCCUUCAAAACAUGUCAAAGCUCAGUGCUAGUGCCAAGGACGCUACUGACUUCACCAGCUUGUUUGUUGUUCAGGCAAGUCAGCAGCAACAACAGGUCGAAAAUCAUGAUAGGAAGCUUUUUGCACCUAAUUUGAAUGACGAGACAAGUAUUGAGAACUGGAUGCAAAGCUUUUUCAAUUAUCCAUUGACGGUGGAAUGCGAUCUGGUUGAUAACCAAGCGGUUCUAACGCUGUACUACGAUGGCGAUAUACUGUCCGAUCACCAGCUUCAAUGUCUUUGCAAUCAGUUUGAGCAGAUUAUUCAACAAUUACUUUCUCGAUACGAAGAGCCGCUCAAUACUCUGUCCAUGACCAGCCAGUGGGAUAUUCAAUUCGCCCGUGCUGCUAACCCCAACGCGCCUCAAGUUGUUGAUACUUGCAUCCACACACUUAUCGAAGAACGAACAAAAAUAAACCCGGAUUCUGCUGCAGUUUGUUCUUGGGAUGCUGAUUUCACUUAUUUUGAACUGGAUGAGAAUGCCAAUAGGCUGGCUAAUUAUCUGAUGAAUGUGUUGAAAGUGAAAGCUGGCGACCUAGUCAUGGUUUGCUUUGACAAAUCUGCCUGGUUUGUUGUAGCGAUCUUGGCUAUCAACAAGAUUGGUGCUGCUUGGGUACCCAUUGAUCCAUCGCAUCCAACUGAACGUCACCAAAGUAUUGUUAAGCAAACUGGAUCAACUUUGGCUCUUUGUACGCCUUCGAAUUCGCUCAAGUGCAGCCGACUAGUUGCAAAAGUCCUUGAAGUGAACGCGGAAUUCAUUUCCGAGCUCCGAGAUAUUGAAGCAUAUGCAGGCAAACCCGAUGUGAAAGUCAGUUCUGAUGAUGUUUCAUAUAUAAUUUUCACAUCCGGAUCGACGGGCGUUCCCAAGGGUGUUGUCAUCCAGCACAGAGCCAUUUGCAGCAGCCAGGUUGCUCUGAGUCAGAGACUCGGCGCUUGUGUUUGCAUCCCUUCGUGGGAGAUGCAAAUCAACUCAUUGCCCGCUUUUAUCCGAGAUGUCAAUGCUACUUGGGCAUGUUUGACUCCCUCGGUUGCCAGUAUCCUUAAACCUCAAGAUGUGCCCAGCUUAGAGCUUGUUACAAUUGGUGGUGAAGCGCCGAGCAAAGAGGUCUUUAAUACCUGGCUAGGUAAAGUACGGCUGUUUAAUGCCUGGGGUCCUACCGAAACAGCUGUCAUCGCCACAGUUCACGAAGUCAAAUCUACCUCUAUCCAGGGAUCGCAUUUAACUAUCGGUCAACCCAUCUGUGGCAAUUGUUGGAUUGUUGAUCCUGAAGAUCCAACUAAAUUGGCCCCUGUGGGAACGGUUGGUGAGAUAGUUGUCCAAGGACCGAAUUUGCUACGAGAAUAUCUUGCGGAUCCAGAGAAAACAGCUGCUGCCACGGUCAACUCCCUCCCACAGUGGACUCCAAAUCGUGAACUAUGGAAUCGAUUCUAUCGAACCGGAGAUUUGGCCGUUUAUAAUUCUGACGGCACCAUAAAGUACUGCAGCCGCAAAGACGGGCAAAUUAAAAUACGUGGCUUGCGUAUAGAGUUGGGAGAAAUUGAACACCACAUUCGCAAGAACAUGGAUACACCGGGCCAAGUAGCCGUCGAAGCGCUCAGGAGUGAAGCUGGUACUAAUCUAGUUGCAUUCGUAUGCCAGAAUAGUGAUACUAUUCCAGCAACUAUGACCAAUAACAUGACUAGUGGAGAUAUCGUUCUUCCUUUGACCGACGAGCUGAAGAGCAGCUUAGGAGCCUUGCGCGGUUCUUUAAUAUCUUCGCUACCGGGCUAUAUGGUGCCAACUUUCUUUGUUCCGUGCAAGAAGAUGCCACUAGUGACGUCUUCUAAAUUGGACAGAAAAUCACUGCUCCGCCUUGCUGCUGUACUAGAUGUGCAAUGUCUUGAGCAGUAUUCGUUAUGUGCGGUGAACGAGGUCAAAUCUCGCCCAGAAACAAAAAUGGAACUCGAUCUGCAGAAAAUUUGGGCGGAAGUCUUGAAGAUACCUGUUCAGUCAAUUGGCAGACACGACAGCUUCUUGGCAAUUGGUGGUGAUUCUAUUGCAAUCAUUCGUCUUAUUGCCUUGGCUCGCGAUUAUGGUAUUGAGCUUCGAGCCAGUGACAUCUUUAAAGAUUCUCGGCUCUCUUCUGUUGCUCUCCAAGCAGUUUCUAUUGACGUUGUGUCAAAUCGUUCCGAAGUAGCAAAGCCAUUUAGCCUUUUACAACAACAGGUUCGAGAUCAUCUCUCAACGGCUCGAAUGAGGAAGGAGCUGAAUUUGGUCCAUUCGAUGGACAUUGAAGAUGCAUAUCCUUGCAGCCACCUGCAGGAAGGUCUCAUGGCCCUGGCCGUGAAGCAGCCUGGAUCGUAUAUGACGAGCUUUCACUAUCGCUUAUCAGACCAUGUGGAUGUCUCCAACUUCAAAACAGCCUGGGAGAAAACGGUGCAACUGUGUGGCAUUCUCCGAACAAGGAUUGUCCACUUCAAUGGCUCGUCGAUCCAAGUAGUGAUUAAUAGCGAUACUUGGGAUGAUACAGACGGUAUGACAGUAGCGUCGUAUCGCCAGUCAAUCCAAGAUGUAAAAGCGGAAUAUGGGUCUCGCCUUUGCCGUUAUGCGUUGAUCCGAGAGAAGAAUAAUCAGAUACAUUUCAUCUGGACCAUGCACCAUGCGAUAUUUGACGGCUGGUCUAUCCGAGUUUGUCUUUACACGCUUUUUGACGUGUAUAAAGGACUGAACGUGGCACGAUUGACGCCUUAUUCUCGAUUUAUUGAAUACACCAUGGAACUCAACUUCCAGUCCGCUUCUGAUUACUGGGCAGAGCAGCUUCGUGAUGCUAAGAAGGCCUCGUUCCCUCCCGCUGCUAGCAAAGAUCAAUCGGAACCUUCGAACGGCGUUCGAUCUAUGGUUAUGAAUAUUGAUCUUCCAGAAUUAAGCAUACCAGGCGUCACAAGAGCUACAGUUCUUCAAGCGACGUGGGCUGUUCUUCUUGCACGCUAUUGCGAUAGUGACGAUGUCUGCUUUGGCACAACGAUAUCAGGCCGACAAGCCCGGAUGCCUGGGAUAAUAGAUAUGCCGGGCCCAGCGAUUGCAACAGUCCCCAUGCGAAUCCGAGUCGAUCAGCAGAAAUCAGUCACUACAUUCCUGAAUCAAGUCCAGGAGCAAGUCCUUGGGAUGGUGGAAUUUGAACAAUUCGGCCUACAAAACAUUCGCAAGCUGAACAGCGAUGCCAAAGAUGCCUGCGAGUUCUCUAGCUUAUUAGUUAUCCAGCCGAAAGAGGCUUUGGAUCCUUUAAGCACUGGUGAUGCAAUUCUUACUUCAGUUGAUCAGAAACUUAGCACUGGUGAAUAUGCCCAUCAGAAUUAUUUUAGCUAUCCACUCGUUAUUCAGGGACACCUGCACGAUGACUCCACCCAACUUGUUCUCAUCUACAACACUGCAGUCCUCUCUGAAGAGCAAAUUGUGGCAUUAUCGCACCAGUUUGAGCAUUUAGCUAAGGAGCUUGUCCUGAAUUUGCAGUCGAAUAUUGGCGCCAUCACAAUUGCUUCUGCUUGGGAUCGCCACAAGGCCGUUUUGUUUAAUCCCGAGGUGCCAGAAGUAAUAGAAAAUUGCUUCCAUCAGCUUUUUGAAAGGCAAGCUCUAGAGACACCAGAUGCCAUGGCCAUCUGCGCUUGGGAUGGUAGCUUCACCUAUGCGGAAUUGGACAGCGCAGCGAAUCGUCUAGCGCAUCAUCUGAUGGCUCAGCAUAGAGUUAAACUAGAUGAACUCAUCCACGUUUGCUUCGACAAGUCAGCUUGGUUCUUUGUAUCAAUUUUAGCGAUCAACAAAGCCGGUGCUGCAUGGGUCCCCCUUGAUCCAUCCCAUCCUUCAGAGCGACUUCGCCAAAUUGUUACGCAAACAAAAGCCCAAAUUGUACUGACAUCAGAAAUUCAUGCGGCACUAUGCAGCGGACUUGUGCCACUGGUGGUUGAGGUCUCAGGAUCUCUUGAUCGGCAGUUAUCAAGCAAUGAUGGAUAUAGCUCAAGCUCACCGGUCACCAAGGUGUCACCCAAUAACGCAGUAUACGUCCUGUUUACAUCCGGCAGCACUGGUAUCCCGAAGGGUCUUGUCAUAGAACACCGGUCCGUCUGCAGUAGUCAGAAAGCCAUCAUUAAGCGACUUGGUCUUCAUUCGAACGUUAGGAUGCUUCAGUUUGCAGCAUUUGUAUUCGAUCUCUCCAUAGGAGAAAUAAUUUCACCACUUAUAUCAGGCGCCUGCGUUUGCGUCCCUUCGGAGCACACCCGUAUGAAUGACAUUGCAGGCUUCAUUCGAGAGACUGGUGUGAACUGGGCUUACCUAACACCGUCUUUUAUUAGAGUCUUGAAACCAGAAGACGUCCCUACUCUAGAGCUACUUCUCCUCUGUGGAGAGGUAACUCCACGAGAUGUUUUUAACACUUGGGUGGGCAAGGUGCGAUUUAUCAGUGGCUGGGGUCCAGCUGAGACAUGUGUGUUUAGUACUUUGCAUGAAUGGAAGUCGGAAUCCGAAUCCCCAUUGACUAUAGGAAAGCCCGUCGGAACAUUCUGCUGGAUCGUUGACCCCGAGCGCCCUGAUCAGUUGGCUCCCAUUGGAACCGUUGGUGAAGUUAUGCUGCAAGGUCCAACACUUCUACGCGAAUACCUUGAUGAUCCUGAGCGGACAAGAUCAUCUGUUAUUACAUCACUGCCCAAUUGGGCAUUGCAAAGAGCGCCUCAAUGGACGCGCUUUUAUAAAUCAGGUGAUUUGGCCAUGUAUAACCCGGACGGAACCAUUGAGUUCUGCAGCCGCAGAGAUACUCAGGUAAAGAUUCGUGGUUUACGCGUUGAACUUAGCGAAGUCGAACAUCGAAUUCGCGAAAGCUUGGAAGGCAUUCGUCAAGUUGCUGUCGAUAUAUCAACUUCUGAUGGCGGCACUAACUUGGUCUCAUAUCUGUGCUUCAGUGAAGAGACUCGUUCAUCGUCGAACUCAAAGGCUAUUCUAGAUGACAUAUUUAUGCCACUUACAGCUGAAUUCAAACCAUUGCUUGCCGCUAUGAUAGGACAGCUGAAAGUGAUGCUUCCCAAUUAUAUGAUCCCCACUCUUUUCAUCAUAUGCAAAUACUUGCCUUCGAUCACAUCCACGAAACUCGACAGAAAGGCCCUUCGUCAGAUGGUAUCUCUGCUAAGUUAUGACCAAAUGUCGAUGUAUUCACUACUAGAUGGUACCAAACGACCUCCAGAAACGGCAAUAGAACGAAAGCUCCAAUCAAUCUGGGCAUCCAUUUUAAGAAUACCAGUCGAUUCUAUUGGUCGCGAUGAUAGCUUUUUACAGAUUGGUGGAGAUUCAAUCUCAGCUAUACACCUCGUGUCUAAAGCAAGAGCUAAUGGCAUUCAUCUAAACGUGAAGGACGUUUUCGACGAUUCAAGGUUGCUCAUAAUUGCAUCAAAGGCAAUUCUAAGUAACAAUAUUGAGAAAACGGACGAAAUCACAUCGCCAUUUAGCCUUCUACCAGAGUUGACUAGAGAUGUCAUCAUCAGACAAGCAGCUGAUCAAUGUGAUAUAUCACAAAGUGCCAUUGAAGAUGCAUAUCCAUGCACGUCUUUGCAAGAGGGCCUCAUGGCAUUAUCAGUAAAGCAGCAAGGAUCAUAUGUGGCCAAAUAUGUCUACAAACUUCCAAAUCACGUUGAUAUUGAGCGUUUCAGGGCUUCCUGGAAUAAAACUGUCGAGCUAUGUGACGCUCUACGUACGAGAAUAAUUCUCUUUAAUGGUUCAUCGAUCCAGUUAUUGGUCAAAGAUUUGUUACACUGGAGAGCAACAGAUAACGAGACCCUCUCUUCCCUUCUCCGCUCAGACCGGUACUCUCAUAUGACUUAUGGCACCCCUCUUUGUUGGUAUGCAAUUCUGCACGAUACAGAGGCUAACUAUUUCAUCUGGUCUGCUCAUCAUGCCAUUUAUGACGGAUGGACAAUUCAAAUCAUCAUGAGUACCCUGGAGUCUGUUUAUCGAAAGACAGAUAUGGAACCAUUGCACCCGUACAGUGGAUUCAUCAAAUACACUUUAUCUCUCGAGCACGAUGCUGCGACCAAGUUUUGGCACAACGAAUUGCGUGGUUCUAAACGAGCCACAUUCCCACUCCUUAACGGACCAAAUGCUGUUAACGACGACCAAUCUACCCAGGUGCACCGACGAACUAUUUCUAUGCCUCAUAGAGAACGGUCGUCAAUUACUAAAGCUUCCAUUCUGCGUGCAGCUUGGGCAAUUGUUCUUGCCCGCUACAGCGGCAGCGACGAUAUCACCUUUGGCACAACUGUUUCUGGUCGUCAAGCACCAGUCCAUGGUAUAGAAGUGAUGCCAGGGCUGGCAAUUGCCACUGUGCCGGUCCGCAUUCACCUUGAUACUCAGGCGAAGGCUUCCGAUUUCCUUCUCGGUGUUCAGAACCAAGCCACAGCCAUGGUUCCAUUCGAACAGUUCGGAAUACAAAAUAUAGCAAAUGUGAGCUCUGACUCGAAGGCAGCUUGCAAUUUCUCUAGUUUACUCGUUAUUCAACCCCCCACCUCCUCAGGAGACGAUUCCGAGGAUGCAAUACUCUUGUCUGGAGGGGCUGAGAGGGCUUUAACUGAAGACACGAUGGAAUCAUACUUUAACUAUCCUCUUGUUCUUAUCUAUGGAAUAGCUGGUGACAACGUGGAACAGCGCCUAUUCUUCAAUCCAGCAGUGUUGACAGAGAAGCAAGUCGAAGCGCUUUCAUACCAGAUUGAGCACGUCGUUCAGCAGCUUGCUCAUGAUGUGUGUCUUGAGCAAAUCUCUCUUGUCGGAGACUGGGACAUUAAGCAUGCUGUGGAUUCGCAAUUGCCGAUAUCUUCUACGCAAUCUUGUACCCACUGGCUGAUUCAGGAUGCCAUCCGCACCCACCCAGAUUCACCCGCCGUGGCGUCGUGGGACGGUGAACUUACCUAUGCUGAGCUUGGAACCCUAGUUUCUCGCUUAUCUAUAAAGCUUCAACAGCUUGGCAUAGGUCCAGAGGUGCUUGUGCCUGUGUGCUUUCCUAAGUCUAUAUGGGCUGUUGUGACGAUGAUUGCAGUGGAAAUGGCAGGCGGUGCUUUUGUCCCGCUUGACCCGAAAGCACCACAAACUCGUCUUAGAAGCAUUCUGAAUGACAUCAAGGCUACAAUUGCUCUUACAAGCCCUUGCUGUGAGUCCACGAUGCAAGACCUAGAUGUUUCCACUGUUGCCAUCGAUGGUCAUUUCUUAGACACUUUGCCUGAGACUACUGUCUCCUCACAACACCCCGGAAGCCCUUCUGAUGCAGCUGUUGUUUUGUUCACGUCUGGUAGUACUGGUAAACCGAAAGGCAUGGUUAUUCAGCAUGACGCUCUCUGUUCUUCAGCAGCUGCUUACGGACACGGUCUUCAAAUUGAGCCUGGUACACGCGUUUUUCAGUUUUCUGCUUACACCUUUGACGUCGGUGUUUUGGAUACCUUAGUUACCCUGAUGCGCGGUGGCUGCCUUUGCGUCCCGUCAGACCAUGAUCGACUUAAUGACCUCCCUGGCGCCAUCAACAAGACCAAAGCCAACUGGGUUUUCCUUACACCUACAGUGGCGGACCUUGUCAAUCCUGCUGAUGUUCCGACACUCCGUGUGGUUUGCCUUGGAGGAGAGGCGAUAAGCCAGAAAACUGCCGACAGGUGGAAAGAUUACACAGAGCUGCACGGUCUCUACGGCCCAGCCGAGGCUUCUAUUUGCGCCUGGAAUUCGACUGUCGGACGAUCAGGCAAAUCGACCAAUCUGGGCAGACCACUUUCAAGUGCUUUCUGGGUUGUCGAGCCCAGUGAUAUCCACAGCCUUGUUCCUGUUGGCUGUAUCGGAGAGUUACUCAUCCAAGGCCCGAUGCUGGCGCGAGGAUAUCUGAAUGUCCGCGCAGAGCAAGCAGCAAAUUGGAUUGAAGACUUUACAGCAGACUGGCUACCCCAUGGCUUUCCCAACAGAGCUUAUCGAACCGGCGAUCUCGUGCGGCGCAAUGCUGAUGGAACUUUUGACUAUAUCGGCCGUAAAGACACGCAAGUUAAACUCCAUGGUCAGCGUGUAGAGCUUGGAGAAAUCGAAUCGCAGAUCCAAAGAGCGCUUCCAGCAGAAAUGACUGCUAUUGUUGACAUUGUCAAGUCUCAAGAUGAGCAGCGCCAUGUUAAUCUCCUGGCUUUCUUGUGGUAUACGCAUGAAACUAUACUAAACAGGCAAUCGCCAUUGAAAUUGAUCAGUACCCUAUCUGAAACACAGAAGAUAUUGAUUUCCAACAUAGACAUGGCCUUGUCAACUGCUCUGCCCUCUUAUAUGAUUCCAUCAUCCUAUCUUAUCUUCGAUGGCAAACCUGAUAACACGACAUCUGGGAAAGUCAACCGUCGUGCUCUAUCAGAGCUUGCCCAAAACAUUACAAAUCAGGAACGCUCUCAAUUUGCCCCUGGAACAGAGGAGAGGGAAGCUCCAACUAAGCCUAUGGAACUCAAGCUUCGAGAUCUUUGGGCUGAAGUCCUUCAUAUCAAGACAGACGAUAUCAGCAAAAGGGAUAGCUUUUUGCGUAUUGGUGGUGAUUCCAUUAGUGCAAUCCGGCUCGUUACUCUAGCCCAGCAGCAUCAUAUUUGCCUUAGUGUGGCCAUAAUUUUCCACAAUCCACAACUGGAAGAAAUGGCCAGCGCUGUGUCUGUGAAUGCAGACGUUCUCGUUGAUGACAUACAACCUUUUGGUCUAUGUUCAAAUAGUCAGAAGGAGGCCAUUACUGAGAUAGCGCGCAACCAAUGCUCAUUGCCGCACGCUGUUCUUGAAGAUGCCUAUCCCUGUACUAGCAUGCAGGAGGGCCUUAUGGCUCUCGCUCUUAAGCAACCGGGCUCUUAUAUUGCCAAAUUCGUUUAUCGACUACCACGCCAUGUUAACGUUGAUAAUUUUAAGAAAGCGUGGGCACGGACGACUGAAAUUUGCACCAAUCUUCGUACGCGAAUUAUUUACGUUGAUGGGGCACACAUUCAAGUCGUAUUGAAAGAUGAAUUCAACCUUUCCUCUAUUCGCGGUCAGAAUCUCAACGAAGUCAUUCGAUUGCAUAGCUCCAUUGAAAUGAGUUGCGGUUCAAAUUUAUCUCUAUCUACCUUAGUCGAGGAGGAGAACGGGCAAUGCUAUUUCCUAUGGGCAAUCCAUCAUGCUGUGUUUGACGGUUUGUCUAAUCAAAACAUCUUAACAAUACUCCAAAAAGUGUAUUCUGGGAUGGAGGUAUCUCCUCUACCGCCAUACUCGCGUUUUAUUCGUUACAUGAGAUCUUUGAAUGCGGAUAAUGCUAAACGUUAUUGGAACACACAGCUCGAGAAGAGCAAGCGUGCGAUUUACCCAUCGCUAACCGAUGCUCGGGCUUCGGCGGGUACGACCAACAUCUUUGAGAGAUCAUUUAAGCUCCCCAAUCUGCCUGCCUCGAAUACAACGACUGCAACCCUGAUUCGAGCGGCUUGGGCCUUGGUUCUCUCGCGGUACUGUGAUACAGAUGACAUCUGUUUUGGUAUGACAAUUUCAGGCCGGCAGGCACCAGUCCCCGACGUAAUGAACAUGGUUGGGCCUAUACUUGCCACAGUCCCAAUCCGAAUUCGUUUCAACUUAGAUCAGUCUGUUUCUGGUUACCUUCAAAGCGUGCAAGAUCAGGCAUUAGAGAUGAUCCCCUUUGAGCAAUAUGGCUUACCAAACAUUAUGAAGUUGGGUGAAGAUAUCAAGGAAGCUUGUCGAUUCUCCAGCCUUCUUAUUAUCCAGCCAAUGCAGGAGACGAUGAAUGAAGACAGCGACGCUAUUCUUGUGACUGCAGAUCAAGAAAUAGAUGCGCCUGCCGAUUCUGUUCAGAAUUUCUUUAGUUAUCCAUUGGUUGUCCAAGGACAUCUUUCCAAGGAUAGAAUUAAAUUGUCAAUCGUCUAUGAUGAUAACGCACUUGUUGAAGCUCAAGCUGAAGCCUUGGCCCAUCAACUGAGUCAUGUCAUAUGCCAGCUUACAUCGCUACACGAUGCACCUCUACGAGAGGUAGCUCUCUUUUCUCCUUGGGAUCUCAAGAAGGCUAUUGCGGUCAACCACGAAAUACCUCAAUUCAUGGACACCUGUCUUCAUACGCUCAUCGAGAUCCAAGCUGAUCAACGCCCCAAUGCAAUCGCUGUUUCCGCGCCAGAUGGAGAAUUUACGUACAGUCAGCUGAAUAGUGCCGCCAAUCGCUUAGCCCAUCACCUUAUCGAAAGAUAUUCUGUUCAAGUCGAAGAUCUCAUACACGUAUGCUUCGAAAAAUCGAUCUGGCACAUCAUUUCAGUCAUCGCCAUCAAUAAAGUCGGUGCAGCUUGGGUCCCGCUAGAUCCCUCUCAUCCUAAGCAGCGUCUCCAGCAAAUUGUUGGCCAGACAGGCGCCAAACUUGCAUUAGCUUCCUCAAGUCACACCGCGUUAUGUGCCAAGGUCAUCAAGAAUGUACUUGAAGUGAACAGCACAAUUGAUGAUCAGUUGGUGAACGCGGGAGUCAGUUCAAGCAAUCCAGCUGCGCCAGUAUCUCCUCACAAUACCGUAUAUGUCCUGUUCACUUCAGGCUCCACUGGUACACCGAAAGGUAUCGUUUUGGAGCAUGCGGCCGUAUGCACUGAGGUACCCAGCUUAGAAGUAGUCGCUCUGAUGGGUGAACCGGCUACUAAAGAUGUAUACAAUGCGUGGUUCGGAAAAGUGCGUCUAUUUAAUAGUUGGGGCCCUACGGAGACUUGUGUUAUCAGCUCUAGUCAUGAGUGGAAGUCAGCGAAUGAAUCGCCGUCUGUGAUAGGGAAGCCAUUAGGUGCCCGCUGUUGGAUUCUUGAUACACGGAAUCCAACCCAAUUAGCAGCCACUGGUAUCGUUGGCGAACUGGUCGUUCAAGGCCCAACACUUCUACGUGAAUACCUAGCUGCUCCAGACAAAACCAAGGCGUCAAUAAUUUAUGACUUGCCAAACUGGAUUCCACGCGAAGCACUUCCAGGCUACGACCGACUGUAUAAAACCGGCGAUUUUUGCUUUUACAAUCCAGAUGGGAACAUCGAGUACUACUCGCGUCAGGACACACAGAUCAAAAUUCGCGGCCACAGAGUUGAGGCUGGAGAAAUAGAGCACCGGGUUUCACAAGCGAUGGCUGUUGAUCAGGUUGCAGUGGAACUAGUCAAUACAGAGAGCGGAAGUACACUGGUCGCAUACCUCUGUUUCAAUUUGGAUUAUAAACCGAUAUCUUUGACGGCAACCCCCGAUGAAAUCUUUAUUCCGCUCUCAGACGACAUGCAGCAGUUAAUAUCUAUCGCCGUGGCACAGCUCAAGACAACUCUAGCCCACUACAUGGUACCCACAGCGUUCAUUGUCUGCAAGUUUAUGCCAUCCAUUACCUCUGCCAAGCUGGAUAGAAAAUCACUUCGACAACUCACAGCACUGCUUAGCCGAGACGAAUUAGCAGCGUACUCGCUAUCCAACACGGUGACGGCAAAGGAAUCACCGGCAACUGUGAUGGAGUGGCGUGUUCAGUCUCUGUGGGCUGAAGUACUAGGUAUUCCUGCAGAAUCCAUCGGUCGUGACGACAACUUUGUUCAGAUCGGUGGUGAUUCCCUGGUGGCAAUUCAAAUAGUUUCAAAAGCUCGAAAGUUUGGCAUGUCUAUUUCUGUCAAAGACGUGUUUGAUGACCCAAGGUUAUUUGCUGUUGCUUCCAAGAUAACUUUGACUGAUAGCUGCACUAUAGCAUCUGACGAAACAGAGCCAUUUACUCUGCUCUCUCAAUCAACCCACAAAGCUCUACUGCGUGGCGACGCGGAUUUACAGUGCAACUUGUCAAUGGGACAGACGAUUGAAGAUGCAUACCCUUGCACUUCAUUACAAGAGGGUCUUAUGAAUAUAACUAUGAGACAGCCAGGCGCUUAUGUGGCCAAGUACUGCUUUCGCUUGGCAGACAAAGUUGAUGUUUUGCGAUUUAUUUCAGCAUGGGACCGAACUGUCGAAAUUUGUGCGAAUUUACGAACAAGAGUCGUAAUCCUGGAGAACUCGGCCAUUCAAGUCGUCGUUAAGAACGGAUGUCAGUGGAAUGACGAAGAGACGACCUUGUUGCCUGUCCACAGCCAACGAGGUCUCGAUGUUGAUUAUGGCUCGCCACUCUGUGGGUAUUCUCUGAUUGACUAUGGUGGUGCCAAGUAUUUUUGCCUCAAGUUGCAUCAUUCAGUCUUUGAUGGCUGGUCCCUUCGGUUGGUCAUGAGUACUUUGCACGCCAAUUACGAUGCCACAGAUGUCUCUCCGCUCCCUUCGUAUUCUCGGUUCGUCAAGUACAACCUGAAUAUGGACUACGCUGCAUCUGCCGAAUAUUGGACAGCUCAGCUGGAGGGUGCGAAAUUAGCAGCUUUUCCAACAGGUGGCGAAGGAUAUACAAACGACUCAAAGAGGCAGAUAAAGCUUCACACAACUUCAGUCAGCCUUAAACAGCUACCCAAUACUUAUAUCACCAAGGCAACAAUUAUACGAGCAGCAUGGGCAAUUGUGCUAGCAAGAUACAAUAAUGUGGAUGAUGUAUGUUUUGGUUCCAGUGUCUCUGGUCGCCAUGCUGCAGUUGCUGGCAUAGAAUCCAUCCCCGGUCUCGUGGUCGCCACGGUCCCUGUUCGUGUCCGGAUAGACAAUCAGCAAGCUGUGUCGUCAUUCCUCAAAGAUAUACAAUACCAAGCUGCUGAUAUGGUUCCCCAUGAGCAUUUCGGGCUGAAGAAUAUCUUAAAUAUGAAUGACGAAGCUAAGGCUGCUUGCGCAUUCAAAACCUUAUUCAUUAUUCAGCCGGUUCAACAAAUGAAUCACGAGAGCAGUUUGUUCAACUUUACGACUGAUAUUGAGGGUAACAGCAAGGAAGAAAUGCUUCAAAAUUAUCUGAACUAUCCUCUUGUUGCCCAAUGCAUGCUGGCCGAGGAUAUUGUUGAUCUUGACUUGUAUUGUGAUUUAUCAGUGGUUCCUGAGCACCAACUACAGGGUCUCUCAAACACGUUCAAGCACGUAAUUGAACAGCUGCUUACCGCAAAUGACAUUCCAUUGUCCCAAAUUUCAGUUGAAGCACCUUGGGAGUAUGAUUUUGCUUUUGCAGCUAACGGGAAUCCGCCCGUUACUGUUGACCGAUGCCUUCACUCUCUUAUUGAAGAGGAAGCAAAAAAGCAUCCAGAUACAUUCGCUGUGCAAGGAUGGGACGUCAACCUUACCUACCGAAACCUGGACGACUGUGCAAAUAGGCUGGCCCACCACAUCAUCAACAUUUUCCAAGUUAAAAGUGGUGAUAUUGUUCAUGUCUGUUUCGACAAAUCGGCUUGGUAUAUCGUCGCUGUUUUGGCAAUUAACAAAGCCGGCGCAAUCUGGUCGCCGUUAGAUCCCAGUCAUCCUACCCAAAGAUAUGAGCAAAUUAUCCUACAGACCAACUCAUCAUUAAUCUUGACAUCUUCGACAAACACUUCAAAAUGUUCAAAUUUGGCACGCUUUACUCUUGAAAUUUCAUCUGAAUUUGAUGAGACUUUGAAGAGGGGUGCAAAUGUGCAUCGGCCUGAUGUUAACGUAUCACCCACAGAUGCUGCCUACAUUAUCUUCACUUCCGGAACAACAGGAAUGCCCAAGGGCGUUAUUAUUGAGCACGCAUCAGUAUGUACAUCGCAGAUGGCUUUGGCUCGGAGAAUCGGCGUUACGAAUGAAACCAGAAUGCUCCAAUUUGCCUCCUUUGUCUUUGACGCAUCAAUAUUUGAGAUUUUCGCGCCUCUCUUUGUCGGCGGUUGCGUAUGUAUACCAUCUUGGGACGACCAAAUGAACAACUUGACGGAAUAUAUGGCUAAAGCCUCCGUAAAUACCUCAUUUUGUACUCCGACUGUGGCACGUAGCUUGAGGCCUGAAGAAAUACCUAGUCUGGAGAUCCUUGUUGUCGGUGGUGAGGCUGCGUCUUCCGAUGUUAUCCAAAUGUGGCAUGGGAAGUUGCGACUCUUCAAUGCCUGGGGCCCAACGGAGAUAUGUGUCAUCGGUUCUAUACACGAAUGGGCAGAUUCAAGCGAUUCCCCAAUGACUCUUGGACGACCUAUUUUAGGCAAUUGGUGGAUUGUAGAUCCAAAUGAUCCCAUGCGACUGGUUCCCACAGGAUGUGUCGGCGAGAUUGUAUACCAAGGACCGACUAUCUUCAGGGAAUAUUUGGCCAGUCCAUCCCAGACGCAAGAGGCUAUAGUAUCUUCGCUCCCGGCGUGGGCACCUCAUCGUGAUGUGAGGGGCUGGAGUCGGUUUUACAGAACGGGUGACUUAGGACGUUACAAUUCAGACGGCACCAUGGAAUAUUUUGAUCGAAAAGACACUCAAGUUAAAAUUCGUGGUCUUCGCAUAGAGCUUCACGAAAUUGAACAUCAAAUAUUUUCACAGCUUCCUGGGGCUCGUCAAGUUGCAGUCGACGUUCUGAAACGGGAAGAAGGAUCCCAUCUAGUGGCCUAUUACUGUUUCAGUAAUGAUACUAUUCCAUCGCAUUUAGUGGCCGACACCGAGAAUAAUCACAUAUUCUUACCCUUGCUGGAUGACAUACUGCCUCAGAUCCUUGAACUUAUUACCAGUCUCGGGGACGUUCUUCCCCCAUACAUGGUCCCCAAAACGUUCAUCCCUUGCAAACAAAUGCCGAUUGGCACAUCAACCAAACUCGACCGGAAACUGCUUGUGCAUAUGACUGCAUCACUGAAUAGGGAAGAAUUCGAUUAUUAUUCGCUUGUUGACAGUAGCAAGAGCCCUCCAGAAACUGCUAUGGAGUUACAGCUGCAACAGCUUUGGUCUGACAUUCUACAUAUUCCAACUGAGUCGAUUGGAAGGCACGAUAGCUUCCUUCUGGUCGGUGGCGAUUCUAUGACAGUGAUCAUGCUUGUCUCUGCUGCUCGUGAAAGAGGUAUUAUUAUUAGUGCUAGGGAUGUCUUUCAGGAUGCUCGGCUUCUCAGUGUGGCCGCAAAAGCCCAAUGCAUCAGUGGUGAUGAUCUGGAGUCUAGCCCUACUGAACCAUUCAGCAUGUUAACCCAAUUACAAAAAGAUCUGCUUCUUACCAACGACAAUAAGUCUUCCAUGGGCUUAUACGGCAACAAGUCGUCCAUGGGCUUAUACGACAAUAUGACGAUCGAGGAUGCGUACCCUUGCUCAAAGCUCCAAGAAGGCCUGAUGGCAUUAGCUAUUCAAAAACCCGGUUCAUACAUAGCCAGAUUUCAUUAUCGCAUUUCCAAAAACACAGACCUUGUGGAGUUCAAGGCUGCUUGGGAAAAGACUAUUGAGAUGUGUCCGAAUAUGCGAACUCGGAUUAUGCACAUCGAUGGGUACUCCAUCCAGGUCGUGAUAAAAGAUGAUGUCGAGUGGGACUCGCUAGAUACAGAUACUAGAUCUCUAGAUGACUACCUUGACGCCUCACGACAUAUCAGGAUGGAAUACGGCUCCAGGCUGUGCCAUUAUGCCCUAAUAUCUCAUAAUGGCGACGUGCACUUUGUACUGACAAUGCACCAUGCAGUAUUCGAUGGAUGGACAAUGCGCUUGGUACUUGAAACACUGGAGAACACCUAUCAAGGGCUUCGGGUCAAUGAGCUGAAGCCGUAUUCGCGAUUCAUUCAAUAUACUUUAGAUAUUGAUUACCAAUCGGCAAGCGAGUAUUGGCUUGCUCAACUUCAUAACGCAAAGAAGGCCAGCUAUCCGAACAGACUGGCUUCGAGUGAGCAACCUGCUGGCUCUAAUAAUACCAGACAUUUCGAAUUCGAGAUACUGAUGCCCAAACUCUCUGCCAAUGUCACAAAGGCGACAAUUCUACGCGCGGCCUGGGCGAUCGUGCUUGCUCGCUAUUGUGAUGCUGAUGACAUUUGCUUUGGUACAACUGUCUCGGGUCGUCAAGCUCCGGUUGCUGGAUUAGCGGAAAUGCCUGGUCCAGUUAUUGCGACGAUUCCUGUUAGGAUUCACUUAGAUCGCCAAAAAGAUAUAUCUGGAUUUCUUAAGGAUAUUCAAGCGCAGGCAUCUGAAAUGGUUGUAUAUGAGCAAUUCGGCUUGCAUAACAUCGCCAAGUUGAGUGAAGAUGCGAAAGACGCUUGUGACUUUUCCAGUCUCCUUGUGAUCCAGCCCAGACAGAUUUUGUCGCAUAUCAAUGGCGAUGAGCAGGCCCUUCUUGUUGCACAAUCUGACGAUGCAGCUGACGAAACAUUAGAGAGCUAUUUCACUUAUCCUCUCGUCAUUCAAGCCCACUUACAUGAAUGUGGUGAUAAGCUCGUUUUCAUAUACAAUAAGCUUGCUAUUGCCGAACAGCAGCUUAUUACGCUCUCAAAUCAGUUGAAGCACGUUAUCUCUCAGCUCUUUUUACGUCCUGAUGUAUUAUUAAAGGACCUCUCCAUUGCAUCUGAGUGGGAUGUUGAGCAGUCAGUUAAAUUUAACCCAGAGGUGCCAGAAAUUAUGGACACUUGUGUCCACACACUUAUCGAAGCCCAAGCUCAUAGUGAGCCUGAAGCUCUGGCAAUCUCGGCUUGGGACGGAAAUUUGACGUAUAGACAACUUAACGAGUCCGCAAAUCGACUUGCUCACUAUCUUGUCAAGAACUAUAAUGUUACACCAGAUAACCUUAUUCACGUCUGUUUCGAAAAGUCGGUUUGGCAUUUUGUUGCUAUUAUUGCAAUCAACAAAGCGGGUGCUGCAUGGGUUCCAUUAGAUCCUUCGUAUCCAGAGCAGAGGCUACGACAAGUGAUAAGCCAGACACGCUCUACACUGGUAUUGACAUCAUGCCGUAAUGCAAAACUCUGCUCGGGCCUUGUCGAUAACGUUCUGCAAAUUGAUGUUGAACUCGAUAAGGCCUUAGUUCUGACCGAAGAUGGCCACAAAGGCCCAACUGUUGCUGUUACUCAUCGACACGCGGCAUACGUGCUUUUCACCUCUGGAAGUACCGGAAAACCAAAGGGCCUGGUCAUGGAACAUGGUGCCGUUUGUACGAGUCAAACAGCUAUUGCAAAGAGGCUUAACUUGACAUCUAAUGUUCGGAUGCUACAGUUCGCUGCUUUCGUGUUCGAUCUCUCUAUUGGUGAGAUUGUAGGGCCUCUCAUCUCGGGUGCCUGUCUAUGCAUCCCGUCGGAAGAAACAAGAAUGAAUAGCCUAACACAAUACGUGAAUGAAACUGGGGUUAAUUGGGCGUACCUUACACCUGCUUUCGUAAGGGCUUUUGUUCCAGAGGAUAUGCCUGGCCUAGAGCUGUUGCUAUUAGCCGGUGAAGCUGUCCCCCGGGAGGUGCUAUCCACCUGGUUUGGAAAAGUCCGUCUCGUCAAUGGCUGGGGCCCUGCUGAAACCUGUUGCUUCAGCACCCUCCAUGAAUGGUCCUCUGUGGAUGAAUCGCCACUUGUUGUUGGUCGGCCUGUCGGAGGGUUUUGCUGGAUUGUGAACCCAGAAGAUCCUCAGCAACUUACACCGACUGGUACAUUGGGCGAAAUUGUUAUACAAGGCCCUACAAUCCUACGCGAAUACCUUGCUGAUAUCGAACGCACCAAAGACUCAACUGUAUACAGUCUUCCACAGUGGGCGCCUCAACCAGACUCAGUGCACUGGAACAGGUUUUACAAAUCUGGUGACCUUGGCUACUACAAUCCUGAUGGCACCAUAGUUUUCAGUAGCCGCAAGGACACGCAAAUCAAGAUCCGCGGGUUGAGAGUUGAACUAGGCGAAGUCGAACAUUAUGUGCACGAAACACUGGAAGGCGUAUGCCAAGUCGUCGUUGAUGUGUACCAAAAGGAGGGCCGGUCUAAUCUCGUAUCGUAUAUCUGCUUCAACGAUGAGAUGAAGAAUCCAUCCGCCGACGGAGAAUUCACUGCGACCGGUCUAUUUGCACCUAUUACGGAUGAUAUGCGGCAGAAAAUCGCUAUUAUGCUAGGUGAACUCAGGAUUACAUUGCCCCAAUACAUGAUCCCUACCAUGUUCAUCCCCUGCGAUUUUAUGCCAUCCAUCACAUCUACCAAGCUAGACAGAAAGGCUUUACGCCUUUUGAUGGCUUCUCUGGAUGACCAACAGCGAGCUCCAUACAAUCUUCUCAACACCCAGAAACGCAAGCCCGAAACUGAGAUGGAAAUUAAACUACAGAGGCUUUGGGCGGAGAUUUUGAGCGUUCCUGUGGACUCUAUAGGUCGAGAUGAUAGUUUCCUGCAAGUUGGGGGGGACUCAAUUUUGGCCAUCCAGUUAGCCUCUCGCGCUUGGGAAAUGGGAAUUUCUUUCCAAGUAAAGGAUGUGUUUGACGACCCGAGACUCAUGGCACUGUCUUCGAAGGCUACAAAGACUAAAUAUGAUGCUGAGACACAAGUGACACGAUUCAGCAUGCUGUCUGAUAAUCUCAAAACCGAGAUUCUCAGUGAUGAUAUUCGCAGCCAAUGUUGCCUGUCCACCGAGGAUGUUAUCGAAGAUGCCUAUCCAUGCACUUCGCUACAGGAGGGGCUGAUGGCCCUGACUGCUAAGCAACCCGGAUCCUACAUCGCAAAUUAUGUUUUCCGACUUCCUGGCCAUGUCAACGUUUCUCGUUUUAUGGCCGCUUGGGACCAAAUGGCUGAUAUUUGUUCUAACUUACGGGCUAGGAUCAUCCAUCUGAACGGAGAGUCUAUCCAAGUCGUUGUUCGAGGUGGCAGCCAGUGGAAGCCUACAGAGAAUCAGUCACUGUCUUCUAUUCUUGAGUCGUCGAAAACUCUCAAAAUGACCUAUGGAACGCCCCUAUCUUCGUGUGCUAUCAUACGCGAAAGCGAUACAGCUUAUUUUGUGUGGUCAGCUCACCACUCCAUCUAUGACGGCUGGACGAUGCGAAUCAUAUUCAGCACAUUGUAUUCGGCCUACUACCGCGAUACAAUACUUCCUGUUAGACCAUAUUCUUCCUUCCUCAAUUACUACUCGAAAUUGGAUAUCAAAAAGGCCACGGACUUUUGGAUGGAGGAGCUAGCUGGAGCCAAGCGGGCAGAAUUUCCGUCUAACCAACGUGCUACCUCUUCUGCCAUGACUGAUGUCCACCACUCAAGCAUUGUUCUUCCAGACUCACUUGAUCUUUCUGUUACGAAAGCCACAGUUGUGCGUGCAGCCUGGGCACUAGUCCUUGCCCGGUACUGCGAUAGCAACGAUGUAACGUUUGGCACUACCGUCUCAGGUAGACAGGCCCCAGUCCCAGGGGUUGAGUCCAUCGCCGGGCCAAUGAUUGCAACUAUUCCAGUCCGCGUUCGACUUGACAAGCAGGCCUCAACAUCCCAGUUCUUGAUGGAUGUUCAAUCGCAAGCAUCUUCUUUAAUUCCUUUUGAACAGUUUGGUCUUCAGAAUAUUGCCAAGCUAAGUCCAGAUGCAAAAGAGGCCUGCGACUUUUCGAGUCUUCUCGUCAUUCAGCCGCCAGUACAUGACCCAUCUGGGGGAGAUGAUGGGAAAGCUCUCCUUUUACAGAGUGAUAUUGAGCAAGAAGAGACAGAAAAGGCUAUGCAGGGCUAUUUCAAUUAUCCUCUUGUUAUCAUUAGUAGCAUUGGAGAGCGUGUUAUCCAACAACGACUGUUUUAUAACUCCGCAAUUCUCACCAACCUUCAGAUGGAAGCCUUGUCGCAUCACAUUGAACACGUUAUGCAACAGCUUUUAAGAAAUAGCGGCAUGCAGAGGGAUAUCUCUCUGAUUGACUCUUGGGACCUUGAGCAAGCCAUUAAUGCAUCUCGCCUUCGCCCUGCUACAGAAUCAUGUACACAUUGGUUGAUCCAAGAAAAGAUUAAGGAACAGCCCGAGGAAGUUGCUAUUACGUCCUGGGAUGGCAAACUCACUUAUGCCCAACUUGGGUCUCAUGCCACUUGCUUAGCGGUCAAGCUACAGGAUCUCGGUGUUGGACCUGAGUCACUGGUUCCUAUAUGCUUCCAUAAAUCCAAGUGGGCAGUGGUCUCUAUGAUAGCUGUUCAAAUGGCAGGUGGCGCUUUCAUUCCUCUUGACCCUGGCGCUCCGUCAGCAAGAUUACAGGGCAUUCUACAGGACACAGGAGCUUCAUUGACCAUUGCUGACCCGUCUAGCCAAGCAACAUUACAAUCUCUGGGUGUAGAGGUUAUCACUGUGUAUGACGAAAUGAUAUCUGAACUGCCCAGCUCGGUUGUUCUACAAUGCGAGGUGCAGCCUACCAACGCCAGCGUUGUCUUAUUUACAUCCGGCAGCACAGGAAAGCCCAAGGGCAUGGUCAUUCAGCAUAACAGUCUCUGUUCAUCUAGUGAUGCCUAUGGAUCUGACCUGAAUAUUGGACUCGGCACGCGAGUGUUCCAAUUCUCUGCAUAUACAUUUGACGUUGGUGUUUUAGAUUGCCUUGUAUCACUUAUGAGAGGUGCCUGUAUUUGCAUUCCUUCAGAUCAUGAUCGCCUCAAUAACCUUGCUGCUGCUAUUACUGCAUCUAAAGCUAACUGGGUUUUCCUUACGCCAACUGUCGCUGAUUUACUUCAUCCAGUCGAUGUUCCUACCUUAAAAACCGUCUGUCUCGGUGGCGAAGCCAUAAGCAAGAAAUGUGCUGAGAGAUGGGUUAACCAUGUGGAUCUUCAUGGACUUUAUGGCCCAGCAGAGGCAUCAAUUUGUGCAUGGAACUCUAUGGUAGGGAAAUCUGGACGCUCAACAAAUCUUGGACACCCGAUUUCCAGUGCAUUUUGGGUUGUUGAUGUCAACGACCCCAAGUCUCUAGUGCCACUUGGCUGUAUUGGCGAGCUUCUCAUCGAGGGCCCAAUGCUUGCUCGGGGUUAUCUCAAUGUGUCUGCCGACGUCGCCGCCAACUGGAUGGACGGAGUUGACUGGCUCCCCGGCAGCAACCAAUCCAGGAGAGUUUAUCGUACGGGCGAUCUGGUGCGACGGAACGCAGAUGGCACAUUUGAUUACCUCGGCCGUAGGGAUACCCAGGUCAAGCUCCACGGUCAACGUGUUGAACUAGGAGAAAUUGAGGCCUGGAUCAACGAGCUCUUACCCGGCAACAUGGCUGCUAUUGUAGACGUUCUGAAGGACAAUGGUACUACUGAUACCCUAUUGGCCUUCCUUUGGUAUAUUGAGGAAGCAGCUAAUUCAUCGACUCGCCUCAUGCAUUUUAUCUCCGAUGAAGCGCGGGCCACUAUCCUGCACCUAGAUACAUCUCUGAGCACGAUUUUACCCCCGUAUAUGAUUCCUUCAUCUUACCUUAUAUUUAGUGGCAAGCCAGAACAAACCGUAACCGGAAAGAUCAAUCGGAGCUCUCUUACUAGCCAAGCCCAGCAUAUUACUGCUGAAGAGCGUCUACGCUUUGCUCCUGAUACUAGCUUCCGCGUCCUACCUACUACACCCAUGGAAUUUAAGUUGAGAGAGCUUUGGGCCCAAGUUCUCCGCAUCAACUCAGAGGAUAUUUGCAAGAAUGAUAGCUUCUUACGGCUUGGUGGCGACUCAAUAUCCGCUAUCCAGCUGGUGUCUAGGGCUCAACAGCAAGGACUUAGCCUGACAGUUGCUAUCAUUUUCCGAAGUCCUCGACUCGAACAAAUGGCUAAUGCCGUCACAGAGAAUGACUCAGCUUCAUACAAUGAGAUUCAGCCGUUUGGUAUGCUUCCGAUCAAGGAGUCUGAUGUGAUUUUGGCUGAAGCUCAAGCACAAUGUACGAUACCUCCCAGGUCCAUCAUCGAAGAUGCCUACCCCUGCACCAAGCUUCAGGAGGGUUUAAUGGCGUUAUCUGUCAAGCAACCUGGCAGUUACAUUGCCAAAUACCUCUAUCGCCUCCCUGAUCACGUUGAUUUGGCUCGAUUCAAGUCAGCGUGGAAACAAACUUUAGACAUUUGUCCCAGUUUGCGGACGAGAAUUAUACACACUUCGACUAAAGCCACAUAUCAAGUCGUGUUGGACCAAAGUUCUAGCUGGGAACCUCUCCAAUAUCAGGAUUUACAAUCCGUUCUACGAUACGCUAAAACUAUGAACAUGAGUUACGGCACGCCUCUGUGCCAGUUUGCAUUCGUUAGAGACGAACAAGAAAAUGUAUUCUUCUUCUGGGCCAUGCAUCAUACGGUCUUUGACGGUUUAUCUAUUCAAGUCAUCCUCAAUAUCCUACACAAGGCGUACCUUGGCGAUGAAGUUCCCGCCACAACGCCUUAUUCGCGAUUCAUUCAUUAUCUUCUUCAGACAGAUAGUGAGGCUGCCUCCGCGUAUUGGAGAGACCUCCUACAUAAUGCCAAUCAUGCCCCGUAUCCUCCUCUACAAAGCACACAUGAUAAGCCUACGGCAACAUCUGUUCUUGAGACUUCUGUCGGCUUCAUCGAUACUAAAGAACUCAAUGUCACAGUCGCAACCGUUGUUCGAUCCGCUUGGGCCAUAGUCCUUGCUAGGUAUUGUGACACAGACGAUAUAUGCUUUGGUACCUCCGUCUCUGGUCGCCAAGCUCCUAUCCCCGGAAUUGUUAACAUGGUAGGACCAGCAAUUGCAACCGUUCCGGUUCGCAUCCAAAUAGACCGUCACCAGCUUGCAUCAGAAUUUUUAAACGGUGUCCAAGAGGCAGCAGUAGAAAUGAUUCCAUACGAACAGUUUGGUCUGCAAAAUAUCUCAAAGCUAAGCCAGGAUGCCAAUGAGGCAUGCCAGUUCUCAAGCUUGUUGGUAGUUCAACCAAUGAGCCAUAUUUCUAAUAGUGAAAAGAGCAAGACUUUGCUUGUCUCUGCAGAUACGACUGAAGAAGGGCUUUCGGAUACUCUGGCGAACUUUUUCAGCUACCCUCUUAUUGUACAAGGUCACGUUUAUGAGGACGAAUUGAGAGUCGCAAUGGCCUAUGAUGGAAAUGUUUUGACUGAACGUCAAGUUCAAACGUUAUCUAACCAACUUGGUCAUGUUAUCCGCCAACUCACAUCCAGUGAUGCCGUUACUCUUAAGGACAUUUCAAUAGCAUCCUCCCAUGAUUUGGAAUUGGCUAUUGCUUCAAACAGUGUUAUACCGCCGGUCGUCGAUUCGUGUAUCCACGAACUGAUCGAAACCCGAGCCCAGAUGUGCCCUGAUGCACCAGCAAUCUCAGCCUGUGAUGCGGAACUCACAUAUAGCCAGUUAAUUGAGGCUUCAAACAGGCUUGCAUACCAUCUCAUUCACACUCAUGGUGUAAAGCCUAAUGACCUCGUCCAUGUCUGCUUUGAGAAGUCCGCUUGGUUCUUUGUGUCGAUUAUUGCGAUUAAUAAAGCCGGUGCUGCUUGGGUGCCUUUAGACCCCUCUCAACCUGAGGAGCGAUUACUCCAGAUUGUCCAUCAGACAGAAGCUCGGGUAGCGGUAGUGUCGCCCAGAAAUACGACGCUUUGCACCAAAUUAGUCGAAAAUGUAAUAGAGGUCACAGCUCAACUUGACAGACAAUUGAGUUUAUCUGUGCCGAAGUUAUACGCGCCUCAUCUAGCUGUAUCGCCUUACAGUGUCGCUUAUAUCAUUUUCACCUCAGGGAGCACCGGAACGCCGAAAGGUGUCGUUAUGACACACAUGUCUUUAUGCACUAGCCAAACCGCUUUGGCUGAGAGACUCGGCAUGACCUCAGAAGUGAGAAUAUUGCAAUUUUCGGCUUUCGUUUUUGACAUGUUCAUUGGCGAGACAAUGACAUCGCUGAUCUCCGGUGCCUGUGUUUGCGUUCCGUCAGAUAGUGAACGAGUGGAAAACCUGGCUGGCUUUAUUAACAAGAAGCGAGUGAACUGGGCUUUCCUAACGCCGACUUUUGCUCGUACAAUCCAACCAGAAGAUGUUUCAGGCUUGAAGCUCCUCCUAGUUGGCGGUGAAUCUAUCCCUCAAGACUUAGUUCUCAAGUGGUAUGGCAAGCUACGUCUUAUUUGCGCCUGGGGUCCCACGGAGAGCUGUGUUAUUAGUGCUGUGCACGAAUGGACUUCUGCUGAAGAGUCCUCUCUUGUCAUUGGCCGUCCAGUUGGUGGUUUCUGCUGGAUUGUUGACCCAGAUAUGCCGCAUCGCCUUGCUCCAAUAGGCACCGUCGGUGAAAUCGUUGUUCAAAGCCCAACACUGCUACUCGAAUAUUUAAAUGACCCCGAACGAACUGGGGCUGCAUUAAUUCCGAAACCAGCUUGGGCUCCUCAGCCUGAUUCUCAGCAUUGGAAUCGAUGCUAUAGAUCCGGAGAUCUAUGUUUCUACGACCAUGAUGGCAACAUCGUAUUCAGUGGCCGUAGAGAUACACAAGUUAAAAUCCGCGGUUUCCGGAUUGAACUUGGGGAUAUUGAACACCACAUUCGCAAUCAAUUAGACACUCCCUGUGAAGUCGCCGUGGACGUGUUGAAAACUACUGCUGGAGCAAGCCUGAUAGCUUUCAUCAGCUUCAAUAUUGAAGCUAAUGCGUCCAUUGUUGACUCCGGUGCUGAUAUAUUCCUUCCACUCGAACCUGACACGGAACACAAGUUUAGUGCUUUGCUUGGCCGUCUGAAAGCUCUGCUGCCCCCAUACAUGGUUCCGACGAACUUUGUUCCUUGCCAAUAUCUCCCGUUUACAACAUCGACAAAGUUGGACCGGAAGAAGCUAAAGACUAUGGCUUCCAACCUUAGUCCAGAGACUCUUGCUGAAUAUGCACUCUCCAAGUCAGAGAAGCAUAGUCCGAAGACAGAGAUGGAACACCGGCUACAGGCCAUAUGGGCCGCAAUUGGUGGAGACUCCAUUAUGGCAAUACACUUUGUUAAUGCCGCUCGGGAUGACAAUAUCGGGCUUACAGUAUCCGAUGUCUUUGAUGAUCCCAGGUUAUUAGCCAUUGCUGCUAAAGCGACUAAUCUCACGAAAUGUGAUUCGGUGUCGGAAAUCACACAGUUUGCUCUCCUUGAUGAGAAAGUGCGACAAUCGCUAUCAAGCCAAGAGUUACGGCAAGCGUAUAAUUUUGCCGAAGAUAGCGUCAUUCAAGACGCCUACCCCUGCACUAAGUUGCAAGAGGGUCUUCUGGCUCUUGCAGAGAAGCAGCCCGGAAGCUAUGUUGCAAAGUUUGUCUACCGCCUGAAUCGUAGUGUUGACGUUCGGAAGUUCAAAGCUGCCUUCGAAAAGACAAUAAAGAUGUGCAACAACUUGCGCACAAGAAUCGUUGUUGUUGGAAAUACGUCAGUCCAAGUUGUUCUUGAGGAUGACGUUGCGUGGGAGAGUCCAGAUGGCACGGAGCUACACUCAUACGUGAAGUCCAUGCAUUCCUUCAAAAUGGCUUACGGAUCUCGAUUACACCGCUAUGCGAUUAUCGAAGACCAUGGGGAGAGCUACUUUAUAUGGACUUUGCACCACUCUAUCUAUGACGGCUGGACAUUACGUCUCAUGAUGGAAGUUCUUCAUUCGAUUUAUCAGGAUUGCUCCCCUGUACAACUGCAGCCGUACAACAGGUUUGUAGAAUAUAUUGCAAACCUUGAUCACGAAGACGCAAGAAAUUAUUGGGGGUCACAACUCCACGGCGCAAGCCGCGCAUCGUACCCGCCUUCCUCUGAAUCAGCAAAAGACUCAAACUCUUGUAAAACUCUAGAAAGAGACUUGGAGUUGCCUGAGAUGGCUGGCUUGUCGGUAACUAAAGCGACCAUAAUCCGAGCGGCAUGGGCUAUGCUCCUUGCAAGAUAUUGCGAGACCGAUGAUAUUUGCUUCGGAGUUACCGUGUCUGGUCGUCAAGCAUCUGUUCAAGGGUUGUCGGAAAUGCCAGGGCCUGCACUUGCUACUGUGCCUAUUCGUGUCCAACUAGACAAACAGCAAACUGUAUUGGACUAUUUAGGCACCAUACAAAAUCAGGCCUCGAAGAUGGUCCCCUAUGAGCAGUUUGGAUUACAGGAGAUUGCCAAAAUUAACUCUGGAACUCAAGAGGCCUGCAAUUUCUCGAGCUUAUUGGUCAUUCAGCCAAUGCAGCACUUGACGAAUGAAGGCGAUGCAAUGCUUCUGCCAGUCCAAGUUGACUUGCAAGGAGAAAAUACGAUGCAGAAUUAUUUCAACUAUCCUCUUAUCAUUCAAGGCCACGUGACAGAUGAAAGCGUCAACCUUUUCUUCAUUUAUGAUUCUAACAUUCUCACGGAGUCGCAAAUAUUGGCUAUAUCUCACCAGUUGGAGCAUAUUAUGAAGCAACUCAUUUUGCAGCCGGAAUCACAACUUAAUGAUUUAUCUUUGACUUCUAAUUGGGACGUCGAGUUCUCCCACAAAGCGAAUAGCGAGACUCUACCAGAAAUCCUAGACGCCUGCUUGCAUAAGCUUAUUGAACUUCAAGCAGAGACACGCCCGGACGCUAUGGCUAUACAAGGCUGGGACAAAAACUUCACCUACCACGAGCUGAACAGGGCAGCCAACCAACUGGCCAACCACCUUGUCGCGGAAAUAGGUGUGAAACCUCAUGACAUCGUUCAUGUUUGCUUCAGCAAAUCAGCUUGGUAUGUCGUAGCCAUUUUGGCAAUCAACAAAGCUGGUGCUGCUUGGGGCCCUAUUGAUCCAUCACAUCCUCUUCAACGUCACAAACAGAUCGUCAGGCAAACAAAAGCACGAGUUGCACUCGCGUCCCCCGACAACGUUGAGAGAUGUUCUAUAUUGGUCCCUUCAGUCGUUGCAGUCUCGUCGUCCUUGGAUUCCAAUCUCAGUGGGAAAAACUACGAUAGUCGCUAUGGGCCCGACGUUACAGUAACCGCCCUUCACGCUGCCUACGUCUUAUUUACUUCUGGCAGCACGGGUACGCCAAAGGGCCUAAUCAUAAAUCACGGCGCGCUUUGUACAAGUCAAACAGCCGUUGGAAAACGCUUCGGGUUUACCCCGCAGGUAAAGAUAUUACAAUUCACCACGUAUGUCUUUGACUUUUCUAUCAGCGAAAUCAUAGCAGCCAUGUUAUUUGGUGCUUGCGUCUGCAUUCCAUCCGAAGAAACUCGCAUGAACCGGUUGAAAGAUUUCGUCCAGGAAAGUGGCAUAAAUUGGCUAUUCUUGACUCCAUCCUUUUUACAGACGCUAAGCCCCGAUGACGUGCCAAGCGUAGAAUUGGUAGCGGUUGGAGGCGAGCCUCUCCCUCGUGCUUUGUUUGAAGAAUGGGUUGACAAAGUGAGAUUCUUUAAUUGCUGGGGGCCGUCAGAAACCUGUGUCAUGAGUGCAAUGCAUGAAUAUAAAUCAGCAAACGAGUCAAAUAUGACCAUCGGAAAACCGGUCGGUGGAUUUUGUUGGAUUGUCGAUCCCGAAGAUCCCCAGAGACUUGCACCGGCGGGAGCAGUUGGUGAGCUGAUUGUGCAAGGACCUACUCUGAUGCGCGAGUAUUUAAAUGAUCCUGCAAAGACCCAGGCUUCAAUAUUGUGCAGUCGUCCUGAUUGGGCUUUGUGUCCUGAUUCGGAACAUUGGAAUCGCUUUUACAAGUCGGGAGACCUGUGUUCUUAUAAUCCCGAUGGUACAAUUAAAUUCCAUUCGCGCAAGGAUACGCAAGUUAAGAUUCGCGGUCUACGUGUGGAGUUGGGCGAAAUUGAAUAUCGCAUUAAAGAAGCUCUCCACGGCGCUCUCCAAGUUGCUGUUGAUGUCUUCAAGUCUGACACUGCCUCAGUUCUUGCUGCGUAUUUUUGCUUUAGCGAUUCCACUGCAGUCAUCUCAGGAACAGACGUCAAUGAUGUUUUCAUACCGUUGACGGAAGAAGUUCAACAUCGCAUCGCUGCCAUGGUUGGAGAAAUCAAGAUUUCACUUCCGGAGUAUAUGAUUCCCACCCUUUUCGUCCAGUGCCAGUAUAUGCCAACUGCGACAUCUGGAAAGCUGGAUAGAAAGACUUUACAAAUGCUCACAUCAGCCCUCACUCAAGAUCAAUUGGCGGGUUAUUCAUUAGUGAAUAGUAAGAAAGUCAUGCCGAAAACUCCAAUGGAGUGCAAGCUACAGGCCGUUUGGGCAGAUGUCUUGGCUAUUCCCAUGGAAACAAUUGGUCGUGAUGACAGCUUCCUCAGCAUUGGCGGUGAUUCCAUUGCUGCCAUCAGGCUAGUAGCCGCUGCUCGUGAUCAAGGAAUUGCGCUCACUGUGAGCGAUAUUUUCCAAGAUCCUCGACUAUUAUCCGUUGCCUCCAGAGCUUCUUUCAUGGAUGAUAACGAGGAAUUGGCGGUUACUCAUAUCGGGCCUUUUACCCUACUUGAUGAAUCCCAACAUGAAUUAAUCUCCAAUAGUCCUACUGAUCCGGCCUUGGCUUUGCCCCGUGGCAUGGAUAUAGAAGAUGCCUAUCCCUGCUCUAAGAUGCAGGAGGGCCUGAUGGCACUCUCUGUCAAGCAGCCUGGCUCUUACAUUGGGAAAUAUAAUUAUCGCAUCCCGUCUCACGUUGAUGUCACCAAGCUAAAAGCAGCAUGGGAGCAGAUCGUCAACCACUUCACCAACCUUCGUACAAGAAUCAUCAGGCUGGGCGCAACCUCUGUCCAGAUUGUUGCCAAGGGUGACAUCGCUUGGGACCCUACGAAUCAAAUUACGCUCCGAUCCUAUCUGCAAGAAACUCGAGUUAUGGAAAUGGGUUAUGGGUCACGUCUAUGCCGCUAUGCUAUUAUUGAAGAUGACGGAUGUUUUUACUUUUCCAUGAACAUCCAUCACGCUAUCUAUGAUGGCUGGGCGUUGUCCGUUAUCUUCCGGGCCUUUCAUCAAGCUUAUAGAGGUCUCGAACUAGCCAGCCUCGUCCCGUAUUCACAUUUCAUCAAAUACACCAUGGAACUUGACUACGAAGCCGCUGGCGACUAUUGGGCAAAGCAACUCCAGAAUGCUCGAAAAGCAACAUUCCCCUCCGUUCCGAUUGAGUCCACCAGCAAGCCAAGUGCUUCGCGUACAGUCACCACGGAUGUUGAGCUUUCAAAGAGUAAUUCAAACAUCACUACAGCCACAAUUGUGCGUGCCGCUUGGGCAAUAGUUCUUGCACGCUAUUGUGAUAGUACCGAUGUUUGCUUUGGUGCAACAGUCUCUGGGCGACAAGCAUCCCUCCAUGGCUUGACACAAAUGCCUGGCCCGGUAAUUGCCACCAUACCUGUUCGCAUUCAUCUCGAAAACCAGAAAUCAACAGUGAAAUUUCUGGAGGACGUUCAAACCCAGGCAAUGGAAAUGAUACCCUAUGAGCAAUUUGGCCUACAGAAUAUACGCAAACUUGACAGUGACGCCGAGGACGCAUGUGAUUUCACAAGCUUGCUUGUCGUUCAGCCUCUCCAAAUGUUCUCAAAUAAUGACAGCGGCAAUGAAGAUACCCUUUUAGAUGCUAUCAAAAGCACAGAAGAGGAAACAGAUGGAAUGCAGAAUUAUUUUUCUUACCCUCUUGUCGUUCAAGGCCAUUUGAGUGACGAUUUCGUCAAAAUUGUCCUUAUUUACAACCCGCUGUGCAUUGCUGAGCAACAGAUCAUGGCAUUGUCUGAGCAGCUCAAGCAUGUCAUUACUCAGCUAGCCGAAUCAAAACCCAAUCACCCACUAGGCAACCUUUCUCUUGUUUCUCCCUGGGAUAUUCAACAGUCACACAAGCUCAAUCCCGAUGUUCCAGAGAUUAUCGAUUCUUGUUUCCAUCAUCUCGUUGAAGAUCAAGCUACUUGCCGUCCCAAUGCUAUGGCUAUUCGUUCUUGGGAUGGUGACUUUACCUAUUCCGAGCUUGACCAAGCAGCUAAUCGUCUAGCAAACCAUCUUGUUCAGACAUACGAUAUUCAGACAAAUGAGCUAAUACACGUAUGCUUUGAGAAAUCUAUCUGGUAUUUUAUAUCAAUCUUAGCUAUCAACAAGACUGGUGCUGCUUGGGUACCGAUUGAUCCAUCCCAUCCUGAACAGCGUCUCCGACAGGUUGUCAAUCAAACCCAAGCAAAGAUUGCGCUCUGUUCGCCAGAAUACAUUGAUCUUUGUUUCAGUCUCGUCGAAUCCGUCGUUCAAGUUAGUACUGGUUUAGAUAGCCAACUUUUACAACUUGUAAACAGUCAAAAAGGUCCCAUCAGCAAAGUCUCUCCAAACAAUAUUGCCUACGUGCUUUUUACGUCAGGCAGCACUGGCACUCCGAAGGGUCUAGUUAUGCAGCAUCGAUCUGUGUGUACAAGCCAGAUUUCGAUUGCCAGGAGGCUUGGGCUAACACCAGAAGUUCGCAUGCUUCAGUUCGCGGCGUUUGUUUUCGAUCUAUCAAUUGGCGAAAUUAUUGCUCCCCUUAUUACAGGAGCCUGCGUAUGCGUUCCGUCAGCACACGCUAGGAUAAAUGAGCUUCCACAGUUCAUUCAAAAUACAAACGUCAACUGGGCCUACCUGACGCCUUCGUUUGUACGGACCCUCAAGCCAAAAGAUAUUCCAGGCCUGGAACUUUUGCUGCUUGCCGGUGAAGCAGUUCCUCGUGAUGUAUUUACGACCUGGCUUGGUAAAGUUCGUUUAAUCAAUGGUUGGGGGCCAGCCGAGACUUGUGUAUUCAGUACUUUGCAUGAGUGGCAAUCUAUUAAUGAGUCGUCCCUUACAAUUGGACGCCCUGUCGGCGGCUUUUGCUGGGUUGUUGAUCCUGAAAAUCCAGAUCGCCUUGCACCUUUCGGUACGAUUGGUGAAGUCGUCAUCCAAGGUCCGACUCUCUUGCAGGAGUAUCUUAAAGACCCAGAGCGCACCGGUGUCUCCAUCAUGACAUCCGCUGAAUGGGCUCCUCGACCGGAUGGGACACACUGGAAUAGAUUCUAUAAGUCGGGUGAUCUUUGUCGUUAUAAUGCAGACGGCACCCUUGAGUUUUCGACACGCAAAGACACACAAAUCAAGAUUCGUGGCCUGCGCGUUGAAUUGAGCGAAGUUGAGUACCACAUCCAACAAGCUUUGACAGGUGUGCAACAGGUAGCCGUUGACGUGUUUAGGGGCGAUAGUGGCUCGAAUCUUGUUGCCUACAUUUGCUUCAAUGAUGAAACAAGGACAGCAGGCAUUCAAGCCGACAAAGAGGAGGCACCUUUCUCAUCUCCCGACGAAAGCCUGCAGAACCAGCUGGUUGCUCUCGCGGGAGAACUAGCCAUUGCCUUGCCUCGCUACAUGAUUCCAACAUUGUUUAUUCCUUGCCAGUAUAUGCCAUUCAUCACCUCUACAAAAUUAGACAGAAAAUUGCUGCAGAGGCUGCUGUCUUCGCUUAGCCCAGAUCAGCUGGCAACAUAUUCGUUAGCCAACAGCGAAAAGCGUCAGCCAGAGACAGAAAUGGAGCAACGCUUACAAUUAAUUUGGGCCGAAAUUAUGAAUUUGCCAAUGGACUCCAUUGGCAGGGACGAUACCUUCUUCCAGCUCGGGGGCGAUUCUAUUAUGGCUAUAUACCUCGUGUCAACAGCGCAGCAAGAUGGCAUUCUACUUACCGUGAAGGAUGUCUUUGAUGACCCCAGAUUGUUUGCUGUUGCCUCAAAAGCUGUGCUGAUUCAAGAUGAUGUGGACGAAACAGAUUCUAUUCCAGAGCCAUUUAGCCUCUUGCCCAAAUCACAACAAAGCCUUGUCCUUGAAGGCAAGGUUCGAAAAGAGUGCGGCCUUCUCAAAGACCAAACUAUCAUUGAUGCAUAUCCCUGCUCUUCUCUCCAAGAAGGUCUCAUUGCCCUUACGGCAAAGCAGCCGGGGUCAUAUGUUGCUACAUAUGCCCACCAUUUAUCGGACUCAGUGGACAUUCCCAUGUUCAUGGCUGCGUGGGACUCGGUCGUGGAAACGUGCGACAACCUUCGAACACGAAUCGUUGUGUUGGACGGAGUUAUGACGCAAAUAGUACUCGACAAUGAUAGUAAUUGGGUGAAUGCUGAUAAUGAGACUCUCGAGUCAAUGACUGGGUCGUCACGGAAUUUGAAGAUGGGCUACGGAACUCCUUUAUGCUGGUACGCCAUCGUGUCGGACAAGGGUGAAAACUACUUCGUCUGGUCUGCUCACCAUUCCAUUUACGAUGGAUGGACAAUAAGAGUCAUGUUCUCAGCCCUCUAUGGUGUCUACCAAGAUGGUUAUGCACCUGAAGUACGACCGUUUUCUACGUUCAUCAAAUCGGUACGGGAACUUGAUAAUGACAAGGUCGUAUCAUACUGGAGAGAAGAACUAGCCGGGGCAAAACGUCCCGCGUUUCCACCACGCCGAGGUGCCCUGGGCAGCACAGAAACUAAGAGAUAUAGCUCGACGAUUGCGUUUUCAAGAUCUGUGAAGAGCUCCAUCACACAAGCCUCAAUUCUGCGAGCUGCUUGGGCUAUUGUCCUUGCCCGGUACAGCGAUAGUGGUGAGGCGGUUUUCGGCGCGACAGUUUCUGGUCGUCAAGCAAAGAUACAAGGCGCGGAAAUGAUCGCCGGACCAAUGAUUGCCACCGUUCCUAUCAGAGCCCGUCUUAAUAGCCAGGCACCGAUAUCAAGGUUCCUCCAAGAUAUCCAGAACUUGAGCUCAACCAUGAUUCCUUAUGAACAGUAUGGCUUACAGAAUAUCUCUAAAGUCAGUCCAGAAGCCAAGGAAGUUUGCGACUUCUCGAGUCUGUUGGUCAUUCAGCCUCCUGCACAUGGAGCAGUCGACGAUGCGGAUGAUGGCAUAUUUGUUCAAGACGAGUCUGCAAGCGAUCUCACAAUGAAUGCCAUGGACGGCUACUUCAAUUAUCCAUUCGUAAUCAUCGCCAAUCUCUAUGCCGACAAAUUCCAAUUGAAUCUCUUCUACGACUCGACAGUAUUAUCAGAGCCUCAAGUAGUUGCUUUGGCAUCUCAUUUAGAUCACGUCACCCAACAAUUAGUCUCAAAGGAGGCAGUCAACACACCUCUCAGCUCAGUGUCCCUUCUUAGCCCCUGGGAUCUCCAUCAUGCAGUUGAAUCAAACCGAUUAAACCCUUCCAGCGAGAGUUGCGCUCAUUGGCUCAUCCAAGAAACGAUACAAUCUCGACCAAAUGACAUAGCCAUCGCGUCGUGGGAUGCAGAGCUCACUUACUCCCAAGUCGGCAUAUACGCUUCUCGUUUAGCGGUUAAAUUGCAAGAACACGGAGUCGGUCCCGAAACUUUAAUUCUUUUGUGCUUCCCCAAGUCAGCGUGGGCUGUGAUCGCCAUGGUGGCUAUCGAAAUGGCUGGCGGCGCCUUUGUUCCUCUUGAUCCAGCAGCUCCAGCCGCUCGAUUGAAAGGCAUCAUUGAUGACACCCAGGCUAUUCUCGCUAUAGCUAGUCCAUCUAGUGGGAAGGUGCUUGAGGGACUCGGCGUUGAGAUCAUGUCGGUCGACCAGGAAAUGCUUUCUGCGCUACCUGACCCAACUCAUGAAGUAGUUUCCAAUGUCCAACCCCAACAUGCAAGCGUCAUUCUUUUUACCUCUGGCUCUACUGGUAAACCAAAGGGCAUGGUUAUCCAGCAUAAUAACCUUUGCUCAUCAAGCGACGCUUAUGGAAAUGAACUUGAUAUCGGGCCCGGUACGCGAGUCUUCCAAUUUUCAGCUUACACGUUUGAUGUCGGUAUUCUAGAUUGCCUUGUGUCUUUAAUGCGCGGCGCCUGUCUCUGUAUACCCUCUGAUCACGACAGGAUGAACAAUCUAUCGGGUGUCAUGCGGUCUUUCAAGGCCAACUGGGUAUUCCUGACCCCCACUGUUGCCGACCUGUUGUCUCCCACGGAUGUCCCUGACUUAAAGGUGGUAUGUCUUGGUGGUGAGGCCAUUAGCAAGAAGUGCGCAGACCGCUGGGUAAAUCAUGUCGAGUUACAUGGUCUCUAUGGACCGGCUGAGGCCUCUAUCUGCGCGUGGAAUCCCACAGUUGGCAAAUCCGGUCGGUCGACCAACCUCGGUAGGCCAAUCUCCAGUGCAUUCUGGGUCGUUGAACCGAGCAACAUCAGACAGCUUGUACCUGUGGGAUGCAUAGGUGAACUUCUUAUUGAGGGCCCUAUGCUUGCCCGCGGCUAUUUGAACGUCAGUGCUGAAGUUGCUGCUAGCUGGAUGGACGACGUGGAUUGGCUUCCUGGGGGAAAGAAGAGAGUGUAUCGUACAGGCGAUUUGGUUCGCCGGAAUGCUGACGGCACAUUUGACUACAUGGGCCGCAAAGACACUCAAAUCAAGCUUCACGGUCAACGAGUGGAACUUGGUGAGAUUGAGUCCCAAAUUCAUCACUUUCUCCCUGAUAACAUGGCUGCCAUGGUCGACAUUCCCAAAGCGGAUGAUGAGAAUGCCCACGAUAUUCUGUUGGCCUUCCUUUGGUAUACCAAAGAAGACAUUACUCAAUCACAAAGUCUCUCUCUUAUGGAGUCUCUACCAGAAAAAACACAGAGAUUCAUUUGUCAUCUGGAUUCAUCAUUGGCAGAAUCUCUCCCUUCAUACAUGAUUCCUUCGUCAUACCUAAUAUUCGAGGGUAAGCCAGAACAGACGACAUCCGGAAAAGUUAAUCGACGCGCGUUGGUGGAACUCGGCCGUAGUGUCUCUGUCCAGGAUCGCCUGCGCUUCACUCCUGACGCUGGUGACCAUGAAUCGCCGACAACUCCAACAGAGCUGCAGCUGCAGGCUCUCUGGGCUCAGGUCCUUAAAAUUGAAGAUGCUACAGUCAUUGGAAAGCACGAUAGCUUUCUUCACCUUGGUGGUGAUUCCAUCGUUGCCAUCGAACUAGUCGCAUUAGCCCAGCGACAGAAUAUUAACCUCACGGUAGCGAUGAUUUUCAAUAAUCCGCGACUUUCAUCCAUGGCAGAGGCCAUCCAGACAGAGCUCUCUCCAUCAUCUUCAGCAGACGAUGUUGCUCAGUUUGGCCUCAUCUCAAGAAUUGCUAAGCAGACUGCUUUGAGGGCGGUCGAAACCCAAUGCAAGCUUUCAGGCUCUGCGGAAGUCGAGGACAUAUACCCCUGUACGGAUCUUCAAACAGGACUAAUGGCUUUGACUAUCAACCAACCAGGGUCCUACAUCGCAAAACAUGUCUACCGUCUCGGAUCUCAUAUCGACAUUGAGCGCUUCAAACAAGCUUGGGAGCAAACAGUGAAUUACUGCACCAACCUUCGUACCCGGAUCGUGCUCUCUGGAAGCUCGGCAGUUCAAGCAAUUAUUCAUGAACCCAUCGACUGGUCCUCCACUUAUACUGAUCUUCGUUCAUUCCUCCUAUCACCAGAAAAUCGCAGUAUGACUUAUGGCUCGCCGCUCUGUCGAUACGCAGUGAUUAAUCAGGGUGAUGAAUGUUAUUUCGCAGUAAACAUCCAUCACACUGUCUUCGAUGGGUGGACUUUGUCAAUCAUGCUAAGAACAUUGCAUGCUAUGUAUUCUCGAGUCCAACCACCAUCGAUUCAGCCGUAUGCCAAUUUUGUCAGGUAUAUUAUGGAUCUUGACCAAGAGAAUUGCCGCAACUAUUGGUCUACACAACUGCGCGGUGUCAAACGCACAAUGUUCCCCGUGGGACUCACCCAACCGAAGCCUUCUUCUUCCUCACAGAAAAUUGCAGGCUUGUUGAAUAAACAAGUACAUUUCCCACGACCCUCCAAAUCUUCCAUCACCCGAGCUACUAUUUUGCGCGCAACAUGGGCAUUGUUGUUAGCGCGAUACGACCACGUUGAUGAUGUUUGCUUUGGCACAACUGUCUCUGGACGACAAGCCCCAGUGCAAGGCGUGGAUGAGAUGCCCGGACUUGUGAUUGCCACGGUUCCUAUACGAGUCCAGAUCGACAAACAGCAAACAAUUUCGGAUCUCCUCGAGAGCAUCCAAAACCAAGCAUUUGAGAUGAUACCCCAUGAGCAAUACGGGUUAGCAAACAUCUCCAGGAUUAGCAACGACGCCAAGGAAGCAUGUAAUUUCACAAAUCUCCUCAUCGUUCAGCCCGCUCAACAAUUCGUUCAGACCGGCGAUGCAGCCGAGCCAGCCAUUUUCUAUCCGACUAUCGCCGAAGACAUUUCUGAAGGCGAACUCCUCGGUGACUACUUCAGCUAUCCUCUUAUCAUGCAAUGCCAACUGCUUGAAGACGAUGUUCAAUUAGGCCUGAUAUAUCAACCGAAUGUUAUCAGCGACUCUCAAGUGAAUGCGCUCGCCGAACAAUUCUCUUACAUUCUUGAACAACUCCAGAGUGCUGGUGACAAGACAUUGGCAGAGCUAUCUGCUGCUGGGCCUUGGGAUGUAGAACGAGCCAUUGAGUGCAACAGCUACAGCAUCGAGCCAAUCGAAUCGUGUGUGCACGAACUGAUCUCGACUCAGGCUGCUAAGAAUCCCCAGCAGAAAGCAAUCUAUUCCACUUCUGGAAGCAUGACUUACAAAGAAGUUGAUAAGUUGUCAAAUCAGCUCGCUUCACACCUCAUUCAGCUUGGUGUCAAGUCCGAAACUAUCGUACCUUUCUGCUACGAGAAGUCAGUGUGGGCAAUUAUUGCUAUGCUAGGUAUCAUGAAGUCAGGCGGCGUCUUCCUACCAUUAGAUCCGACCCAUCCACUCAGUCGUCGUCAAGCCCUGAUCGAUGAGACAAGCGCCCAGUAUAUGAUCGUUUCUCCCACCACAGUCGAAGAAUGCAAAGGUAUGACUAAGAACAACAUUGAGCUCUCGCCGACUUUCUUUUCGAAGACGAAGAAUUCUGCUAGAGCUCGAAAAUUCAAGCCCAUCAAACCGCGGCCUGGAAGCGCAAUGUAUAUUUUGUUUACUUCCGGAUCGACAGGAAUACCCAAGGGUGUGAUCAUUGAACACAAAGCCAUAUCCAGCUUUCUUGUCAAGGUCUGCGAAAUCCUCCAUAUUGGUGGCGACUCAAGGAUGCUUCAAUUCUCCAGUUAUGGUUUUGACGCCUCUAUAUUCGAAAUUUUUGCCACCUUGAUAUCAGGAGGCGCCGUGUGUGUGCCUACUGAAGCAGAGCGCAUGCAGCAUACGGCAACAUUUAUUGAGCAAGCUAAUAUCAAUACCGCUAUCCUUACACCGACGUUUGUGAAGACACUCAGCCCAGAGUCGGUUCCUUCAUUGAGAGCCCUACUCCUUUGUGGAGAGGCUCCAUCUAAAGAGGUCGUAGACUUAUGGCGCCAACAUGUUAGCCUAUGGAAUGCAUAUGGACCUACCGAAACGUGCAUCGUGUCUACUCUCCAUCACUAUACAGAUGUAUCAGUACCAGUUACAACCAUUGGUCGUGGGUUCGCUCAUCAUUGUUGGGUUGUCAAUCCAGAAAAUCAUCAUGAGCUUACCCCGAUCGGAUGCGUAGGCGAACUCUUAGUACAAGGAGACUCUUUAUCCCGUGGCUAUAUCAAUGAUGAGGGGAAGACGAACAAUACAUUCAUCAACCAUGUCAAGUGGCUUCCCGCCAAUGUUGAUGUUGGAAAGCGCCGGUUUUACAAGACGGGCGAUCUAGUCAGAUAUAACCCUGACGGAAGCUUUAACUAUCUCGGCCGAAAGGAUACUCAAGUCAAGAUUCGUGGUCAACGUAUUGAGCUGGGUGAGAUUGAGUAUCAGAUUAAGCUUCACUUACCUGAUCUCAAGCACGCGGCGGUUGACAUUAUUCGUCACGAUACACAUGAGUCUCUAGUUGCAUUCGUGAACUUCUCUGACGACAAGAACCCCAUCGAGGCUGCACAGGUUCAGUUAGUGUCACAUAAAGACGAGCUAAAAGAGCUUUUCUCUCAAUUGGUCACAAACUUGACUGCGGUUUUGCCAAGCUACAUGGUCCCCAAGUAUUUCAUCGCUGUCGAGUCCAUGCCGCUCAACACGUCGGGCAAGCUUGACCGAAAAGCGCUUUUGCAGGCAGCGGCAAGUCUUUCCACCGAAGAUUUAGCAGUUCAUUUGGCUGGGCAGCGUCUGCCAUUCCGUGAUGCUACAUCCGACCUCGAGAACUGGAUCCGAGCUCAGUGGGCAGAUAUUCUUGAAAUGCCAAGAGAAACGAUCAGCGUAGACGACAAUUUCUAUCAGUUAGGUGGCGACUCUAUUCGCAUCGUCAACAUCUCGAGACGUAUACUUGAUGAAUUCGGCGUGUCCCUUGGCAAUACGCUCAUGAACAGCAAACACACUACCAUCAGCAACAUGGCCAAGUAUAUUUCUCUCAGCGCGGAGAAUGGGGAGACAGAGGUAGAUCACUCAGAUGCAGACAUCGAUUUAAUGGUCAAGAUCAAUUCGAUUUCUCACUUACCUUGGAUAUCACAACCACAAGGUCUACAAGGAAACCCUACAAGUACACUACCUGAUCAAGCAACAAUUUUCCUAACUGGAGCGACUGGUUUCCUUGGUACUGAGAUUUUGAGGCAGUUGGUGCGAAACCCUGCGAUAAAAUCCAUCGCCGUUCAUGUCCGUUCGAAAUCACUAGAACAAGGGAUGGGUCGCGUCCGGGAGACAGCAAAGAUCGCAGGCUGGUGGCGUGAAGAGGAUGCAGAAAAGUUGGAAAUCUGGUUGGGCGACCUUGCCAAACCACAUCUCGGCCUCGCAGAGAUUCAGUGGAAACGCCUUUCUGGUCUAUCGAAAUCAGAUACCAACAUCGACGCAAUAGUCCACAACGGAGCAUCUGUCAACUGGAAUGCCAGCUACGAUACCUUGUGUGCUGCCAAUGUCACCUCGACUGUUGACCUGUUGAUGGCAACGGCAACAUCACCACAGCAGCCCAAGUUUGUGUUUGUGUCCGGUGGUGCCUUCAUGGAUCCAGCGGAAAAUCAAGCCGUGUCAUCAGCACUCCUCAAAGGCGUCAAUGGCUACUCUCAAACCAAGUUCGUCUGUGAAUCUGUUAUUUCGAACAUCGCCAGAAGUCUCCCCAUCAAUCAAAACCGAGUGUCAACUGUCAAACCCGGACGUAUUAUCGGGACGGCAGAGCACGGUGUCGCCAACGUCGAUGACUUUGUCUGGCGCGUGGUCUCUACAGCAGCAUCAAUCCAUGCUUACCCAGAGGAACCAUCAGAACACUGGAUGGUUAUGCAAGACGUGGGCAUAGUUGCGUCAAAUGUUCUGAACAAGCUCUUCGAUGAUGAAAUUAACCCAUUCUCUAUGCUUGCAAGUGGCAUGCCCAUGUCUGUCUUCUGGGAUCGCGUCAAUUCUGGACUAGAAGUCCCAUGCAAACCAAUCUCCUGGCAGGAAUGGAUCGAAAUCGCAUUAGCAUCUAUGAACAGAGUUGGUAACAAACAUCCAUUGUGGCCUGUACAACACUUCCUUGGCCAGCUUGGCUUACCGCCAACCAUUGUACAAUUGUCAAAUGCCGGCACUCCUGAGUGUGAACAGUCCAUUACGGCCGUCGAGAGUAAUGUGAGAUAUCUCAGGAAGAUUGGCUUUAUUCGUUCAUCGGAAGACGCGUUUGACAAUGUUCAGCGUGAGGGCCUUUUCUUAUUUGGACUCGUUGACCGGACGAAAUUCCUGACUCUUGGUAGAACAUGGCGAUGGUGGGCCAAGAUCACAGAGAUCCUUGCACGGAUCGCACAUCAUGAAGCAUCUUUUGAUGUUUGGGUCGAUAAUGAAGAUGCGAUUCUUGCAAUCCUGCUUACUGUUUCCAUUGUUCCUAUCCAUGCCGUAUCGUACCACCAGCCGAUUGGGAUCUUCGUUUGUGAAGUAAUCCAAGCACAUGGGACCUUCUCUGAGAUAUGUGCCUAUCCAGAGAAUAUGACCACCGUUCUUCUGCAUUACUUCACUGUCAAGUUGACCAAAGACAUCUGA